ACCACCUCCUCCACCUCCCCCUCUUCUUCUUCGUCUUCUUCUUCUUCGCAGGAGGAGCUGACUUGAUGCGCAUAAUAAAUCAUCUCUGCAUGAUUCCUUCUCGAGCCCAAUUUCAGCCUCGUGCGUGUUGGAUUAGAGAGCGUCAACACAGGCGAUAGUCGAGCCUCUUUAACUGGGGAGGUUUCAAAUGUGAUUCAGCGCAGCAAACAACGUGGGUGUUAUGUGUGUGUGCGUGUGUGUGUAUUUUUUUUCCGUUUGGGAGUGGAGAAAGGGGAGAGCAACGAUAUGAGACGCGUGUGUUUAUGCCUCCUGCGUUCCCCGUUAUCUCUUACUGACCACCGGCUCUUUUUUUCACCUGUAUGAACGACCUUGCUAUUGUGACCGAAAUUUUCCUAACGAGGUUUCCAUGGAGGAUCAAUGUGUCGCUUUUUCUGCGAGGGCUGAAUUUGGUUGCUGCUGGUCUCAAGAUAUUUCAAGAUAAGAGGUAAGACAAUUAAAUAUAUAUAUAUUUAGUAUUUCACCUUAGAGCGCGCUUGGCAUUUGUGAACAUGUACACACAUUGAAAUCUAAAUUAUUUACACAGUGUUAUUUAUAUGCUUAAUUAUUUACCAGGCUCACAUGUCGGCCCUGUCUUGCGUACUAUCCGCGAAUUACCAAUUCCUAAUGCAAUAUUUGAUAAUUGUUCAAGGCUGGAGCAACGUGACGUGCCCUCCCAACUGCAGGCAAUUCCUCCACACUGAGUAGUCUCGUUUUAGAGGGGCAUGCACCCAGACACUAGGCUCUCUGAUAUAUGUUCAUUUUUUUUUUUUACUAACAAGAGCUUGUUUAUGGCACAGCCUCCCCUUUCUUUGUCAAACUGCUGCAGACCUGCUGUUACAUUACUCACAUGGUGGUAUUAUAGCCCCUAAAAGCUCCUGUGGUUCCUACCUGGUGUGAUGCACACACACUGCAGCCUGGAUUCACUUCACCUCACCCUCUUAAAUGUGUUUGCUACAGGCGCACACCAACACAUUCUACAGGGACAAAUCAGAGACUGUGCACUUACAGAAAAAAAUUAUACAUAUAUAUAUAUAUAUAUAUAUAUAUAUAUAUAUAUAUAUCCAAGGUUUCUCAAGGAUCCUCUUGAAAGGUUAAAAAAACCCUCAAGAAGUGUUGUGGCAGUGAUGGCUGUAUACCCACUUAGACACAGUAAGUGCAAAAGGUGCACAUACAUACCUUUUCUACCCUGCAACAUUCACCAGGUAAUUGCAUACUGCUAUGCCACGAUGUCAGCUGGAAUAUCUGUGAUGAAUGCAGCUCAGGCCUUCAAAGUAAGUACACUCCCACUCUGCCAGCUGGGCUAUUUGUUCAACCAGCGUGUUACUUGGAUGCAGGCAGGGUGUGAUGGAGGUGGGAGAUAUCGUGAUUAUACAUUAUUUUCAUUAUUUCUUUUCCCCUGUCAGUUAAACCAUUGGUGUCUCCUUACAGACAGGGACCAUCUUUGAUUGGGAAUGAUUCACCCUGCAAAGCUUCCUCACCACCUCUUAUCACUGUCGUCGUUAGCACCAUUAUCCACGGGAGUGUGUGUGUGACUUUGGGUGUGCAUGUGGGUGGGAGCCUACGUGCUUGUGCAUGUGUGUGUUCAUGCACAUGUGAGCAACUGAGUGAUCUGCUCCCUGUAGUAUCACUGACAGAUUUGUGUAACUCACUAUUUUGCAUUUGUAAAUUAUUUAUUAAAUGUGCCUACAAAAGAGAACCACAUUGCAUCAGCUGUUACACAUUCCCAUCCCUGACACACAAAAAGCCCCAUUACAAAUGCAAACCAAGACAUGCAAAGUCGACAGUAGUGUAAUACCCUCUGUACCUUCCCAACACCAAUCCUGAGUCCUGAGGUGCCAGCAGUUUGCAACACUGGGUGCCUAUCACUGAGGUAUGGCAUGCAGGACUCUUCCAGAGAGGAGGCAUACCAAUCCAAUUUAGUCGACUUCAGGGAAAGAAAAGAGGACCAAGCGGACAUGAAAGGCGAGGAGGAAAAAUCCUGGCAGAGACCCCACGUGUGUGAUUUGACAUCCAGGCAGCUAACAAACAAUUAGACCCUCCAUAAGUAGCGCUCUGAACCUGGCUCGCCCCGGGAUUAGGCCACAAAUGAGCUGCUCAUUGUGGCUUAUGUCUUCUAAAUGGAAAGUGUGUGUGCGAGUGUGCGCGAGUGUGUGUGUGUGUGUGUGUGGGGAGGCAGGGUGUUAUAUAUGUUGUACAUGGUGUGAAAGUGAGUUUGGUGUGUAGGUGUGUGUGGGUUGUGUGACAUUUAGCAGAUUGGUGUUAUUAUCUGUCUCUGCCCUUACUAUAUCUUGAACACCUCUUGAAGAAAUUUGUGUUUGUGUGGUUCGGCAGUGUGCAGAUCUGCUGAUUUAAUGCAUGCUGGCUCACACUGAUCAACACAAUUCCUGCACACUCUUGUACAUGCGUGUAUGACUGCUCACCUGACUGCUGUGUUAUUGUCAGCUCUCUGUUGUGUGUAUGUUUGACAUUUCAUAAUUUCAUCAUUACUUGCUCGGUAUCCUCUUGCAAGAAGUGGGUGCAUCGCAAUUUGCAACACAUGCUAGGAGCAGACAGACACUUGCCCUUGAUUAUGGACCUGGGUGGAAUGGAUGCCUCAUCAGGCUGUCUUGAUUCACCCCAGCAUGUGGGGAGACACAUGCUGCUGUGGGUGAAUCUAAUUGAUUGGAUGGCACCCAAUUCCCAGGUCCAAGUCUCUCCUCAGGCAGCCAGAGUGAAUCCGUCCAAGUGAAGGAUGAGCUAAGGCGUUGGUUUCUCCCUUAAUAGAUUGGCAUGGGCUUCCUCCCAUAUGCCUCUGGUAUCACCCUCAGACAUCUCCGAGUGCAAGUUGGCCAAACAAUAGGGCACAAAGUGACACUGCCUGGAUCCUCAGAUUGGAUUUGUGAUAAUGGACAGAAGGAAUGAGACUCCAUAUUCAAUUUUGUAAUCAAACAUCCAUGACUUUUCUUUUGCUGAUAGAUGAUUAAAUCCAUUGUACAGUAUGUAGCAAAGAGUAUGUGGAUAACAUAUCCCCAAAUGUUUCUGUUGUACAAAAGUCAAACCAAAAUAACCCCUGCAGUGGUGUUGACAUCUUGGAUUGGCGAUAUCAACUAGGUUGUAUGGAUCACGUGGGUGGAUCCAAGGUAUCGACAUCUUGCUUUAAUUUGCCAAAACACACAUUUGAACAGAAAAAAUCACUCAGAUUAGUUUAUUUGUGUCGGUUUGGAGCAACAAUGGUAAUGUAAACGUCAAGUGUUACUUUAUUUUCCCUUUCACUGCUCCUCUUUCACUGAUAAUCCAGCAAUUACACAGCGUCAAGUCAACAGAAAUGACAAUAAUGUCAAUCUUCACAACCCCUUAUGUAGCAUUAAAAAAAAAUCUAAUUAAAGCAAAAUCUGUUAAGAAAAUGAGCACCCAGCUUGUUUAGACUUUGCUUGUCACCCAUCUUAGCAGUCACCCAGCUUGUUCAGACUGCUAAAAUAACAGAACCUAUGUUAACUUGUAUUGGGAUCGUAAAGUUUCAACUGUUUCUUAUCUGUAAUCAUGGAGGAUUUUGACUGCAGCUUGUUGGUGGGGGAAGCCCCAUAUAUUUGUCUUCAUUUUGGAGUAUCUGUCAUGGCAUCCAUUGUUACAGUCUUUAAUUAAAAAGCCCACUGUUGAAAGUUGGGAUGAGUUUGCUGAGUUUAGUAUUUCACAACAUAAGUCUCAUCCCAACAGGUCAAGCUCCCCUCUCACGGAGCACGCCGGUGCCAUUUUAAAGCUUAUUGGAUGAAACUCUCAUUUGCCCUUGGCUGCCAAAGAUGACGUUGCCAUGGAAACAGCUUCUACUGUUAUCAAUCAUCGACUGUCUGGCAGGUAAACCACCUUUUUAUAAGAGUAAUGAUUCUUUCACGUUCGGACAUUUACAGUUGCAGGGAUGAUGGCUGAAGAGAAGAAAAUCCUGUCAGUGUCAGAGAUGAUAGGAUGGCCCUGGUUUAAAGAAACACUCCUCAGUAUUGACUUCCAUUCACAACACAGAAACAAUACUCUCAAUCUUCCUCCUCACUGCUCUUUGACUGUAACACCAAAGAGGCUUUUUCUUUUAUUUGUUUUUUGUCAUCCACACUAUUUCCUUUUGCACAAAAUUAACAUAAAAUGUAAAUCAAAGACCAUAGCUUCUUUGACUUUAAGAAUUGUGUAUAUAAACGUGUUUUUGUCACUGAAUUUCUUUCACUGACAACAUAUACUGCAAGGAUAAUAUCUUUAGAUGCUCAAAAAAUAUAUAUUUCCAAGAGACUGUUAAGUAAUAUACCAAUUAAUGAUUCAGAAACCCCCCAUUUAUUUUCUGCUCUUAUUUGCAACUGCUGAAAUUUCUCCUCUCCCUGUGCCAGAGAGGUCCUCCUGGCACAGUAGAACAUUCUCAGCUGUUCAUUUUAUCCACUUUAUUCUUUCAGAGGAAUCAGCACUUCUUAUCACCUCCCCAUAAAAUGAACCAUAUCAAGUCCUCUCCCAUGUUUAGUAAUGUCCCACCUCCCAUUUUUGAAAGAGCCCUUCCUAUUAGACCCAAAUAUCCCAUUUCCUCCAGAAGAAUGUGAAAUUAUGGAGGCCAGACUCUAUCAAAAAAUGGCACUUUUUUUUCCUGUUACUACGCUCAGGCUGUUACUGUUUUUCUCUGACAGAUUGUCUGGACAGCGGAUCGUACCAUGGUCCAAGAUGGAGGAUGGAGCCAGGUGACUUGUUUAUCCCUGUCGACUCUAUAGAGGAAGAAGCUACUUUGACUUGUGACGCUAAGGGAAUACCGCCUCCUCAAUACAGGUAAGAGCACACUUGGUUUCAGGAGCAUGCUAAGAUAAGUGUGGAAAGUGGAGGAUAGAAAUAUCUUUUGCAGUAAAAAAAAAAAAGAAGUAGUUUGGCAGUUUGAUCUCACAGGCUUUUAUCUCUUGUUUGAUUUUUAUUGUCUCUUUUAAAGUAUGUCCAGCAGCUAGUGUGCACUAUCUCCCAAGUCUGCCUGACUUUAACCACUGAAAGCGUUUCCUUUGCUGUCUAUGUGAUGCCCAUAUGUCCGAUUGAAGUGUUGUGCCAUGACUUGAGUCUGCAGUGGUGGCUCUCCUGUUAUUCUAUCCUUAAAGUGCAAAUGUGGAAAGUUAGAAAACACUCUUCCAUCUUGGACACCUGUAGCAGAUGUCUCGCGCAUAGAUUGCAAUGUGGUUUGUUUAUAUGACGAAACAGGAGUACAUACCUGGUGAAUGCAGUAUGGACAGCAAGCGUCUCUUGCUGCCUGAUGCAACACAAUAUCUGACACUUGCAUCCUGUCAUGAUUGAGCCAUCACAUGUGCUGAGUGCAACGACCAGAACAUGAAUCACAACCUUCCGUUGCCAUGAGACAGAAUACCAAAGAUGAGAUCUGUAAAAACUAUUUAAUUCCCUCUGAAUGUUCCUACUUACUAUUAAGUUGACUGAAAGUAUUGACUUUAAGAUAGUUUUAUUGUUUCAAAGUGAUUUAUUUGUGCAGCAAGAAAAGAAAAGAAAAUUGUAUUUAUUUAUCUGUUUAUCUGACAGGACCAAUACAUGUAGGCAUUGUUGCAGCCAAUUAAAGAGCAACUGAGGCAGUGGAUAAAGGACUUCCAGCCAUGGCUAAUUUGCAGUCCUUGUCCCUAGUGAGGCUGUUUAAAAUAAGGCACAUGAUACAAAACUGUGAAAAACAUAAAAACUAACAUUAUAGCCAACACAGACAAGGAAUCACACAUUUGAAUAAAAACCAACAGCAAAGCAGACAUUAAACAAUCACUUAUAUAUAUAAAAAAAAUUAACAAUAAACGUGAAAACAUAAAUAGGUAGCGCCACCUAUAUGUGUGAGAGCGAACAGUAGAGCAAACAUGAAGAAUAAGUACGUGAGUGUUUACACAUUUGCCUUCUUUUUAGCCUUAGUUUAAUAAUUAAAGCUUCGGGGUCAGUUCAUGUUUUUAUUUCUGAUGGCAGGAAUUUCCAAAUCUGUGGACCUUUAGUUGCAAAAGAAGACUGGCAAAAGGCUGUCUUGUGCUUUGCUGGUUUAUUGUCUCCACCAACUGCAGCUCUUGUAGUAGCUCCAUUACUUGAGUAUUUUUCAAUUAUUUCACCAACCAAGGCCCAAUAAAUAAUACUUUUGGAGACUUUUGCAAUGGUGCCAUUUUUUUAAACAUUUUUUUUUUUUUUGGCUUUUGAUCCAAGGUUUUAGAGUUUGUUUAAUGACAGCAUGGGCUUCAUGACUAAAUGGAUGACCUGGCCUCAGACAGUGAGACAAUAUGAAAAGUGUGAUAAAAUCAUAGAGUGCAUGUAUAACUGGGCAGCCUUUACAAUCAUGUUAUUCGAAAACAGUUCAGAUUAGUCUUAAUUGUUUGUUAUACUUUCUUGAUACAUGCUUCAUAUUUUAACUGGGAAUCCAAAACUACACCUAGAUAUUUAAUUGUUUACUUUCUGUAUUUCCGAACAAUAGUUAUCUCAGAAUCAUUACGUGGUUAAUGCCUAAUAGAAAAACAUGGUUGGUUGCAUGCAGCAACAGUGUCCUUAUUAUCCUACUUCUGAGUCAAAUGAACAUUAGACUUAGCAUUUUCACACACAUCAAAACCUCAAAUAAGCCAUUGUAUGAUUGUAAAACAUCUCAUUAAACUUAAGAUUUUUUUUUACUGUUAAAUCUAAACAGAAGUUCAAGAUACAGAAAAAUGCUGUAGCAUAAAGUCAUCUUCCCUUUAACUUUUUUCACUUACAACACUCAAUUCCAUAACACUACCAAAGCCCACAUGGUGCUGUGGUUACUUUGUUUCUGAUUUCUUCAAUUUGACUUUUUCCUUUUUCCCUCAGCUUCUUGUGUCUGGUCAGCCCCAAAACACAAAUUUAAAGUUUAGUGCUUCCCAAAUAAAUUAAGAAAUAAUAAAAACAUCAUCUAUACUUUUAAUAACACUGUUGGAAACUUGUAUGAAAGCCACACUGUCAGCAGAAAGAGAUGAAAUCAUAAAGUUUAUGAGUCUGCCUGACUCCUUUUUUCCCAUUUGAUUUUAUCUGGAAACAUUGCUCUUGCUAUUCAGAAUUAAUUAUCAUUGUUUCGGUGCUUUAACCAAUCAAAAACAAAUGUAUACUACAGCAAGCUUUGGAGCUUCCAAUUUUGUAAAGCCUAUAUCAUCUACCAUAUUUACAGCAUGGUAAACAAGGAUUUAUGAACAUUAAAGAACAGGGUAGUGUUUGCUUUCCUGUUAAUUUUCCCAAAUUGGGCUGAAAUGCAAACAAACACUCCAAGCAGUACGAUUUUUUUUCUUAUUUACUCUGACAAACACACCUGCCAAUCUGCCUCCAGUCUUGCCAGAUAUUAUCUCAGUCGCACACAUGUAGAGCUUCUUAAACCUCCUCUUAUGACAUGCCAUCAGACCAACUCAGGUUGCCAGACAGCAGUUGGCUCCUCCUAGCAUUGAUUACCAGAGUCUUUGGAGUUCAACAGUGGAAUUAAGGCAGCACAGACGAGCUGAAUGAUAGCGGUGUGGAGUGCGUACGCUCAUUAUUUCAGGCUUUUCACGUUCCUUCUCUGAGACCAGGUAUUUCCAUGUACUGAUUAAAGGUGAGAUGAGCAUGUUUAACGUGGUGUCUUGUCAAGCGGGGCUGUGCUCGGCUCUGCAUGCCCUCAGCACCUCUCUAGCUCCUCUCUUGAAGUGUAAAUGGGCUCACACUGCUCCCUCCUCCUCCUCCUCCUCCUCCUCCUUCUUUUUUUCCCCCUUCUCCUUUCCCCUGCCAGUCACUGACAAAGAGAUGAGACCAUCAUUGAAUGCACACUAUAGCAGCAUAAAAAGCCAGGCAAAGAAACCGCAUCUCGCUCAGAAAAAAUCUCUCCUCCGCAGCAGGUUCGAAAAGUUAUGCGGUUGGAUUUUUUUUUUUUAAAUCAAAACACAGGGUGACUUGGCCAACCUUUACUUGACCUGAUGGUUGAAACCUGUGGCUCUCCACCGCAGGAUCAUCUGAAAUACUUGAGAUUCUCUGUGGUCAGAUGGGCAGACAACAUGUGUUCACAAGAUGAGACUCAAGCAGAGUAAUUCAGUUUCAGAGUUGGGAUUCAAUCACCCGCACAAUGUUCAGAGCACCACUGAACAGCGGAGGCACUUCAGAGCAGGUCAAAAAAAGGUGAAAACCGGUGACUCUGGGAUAAAAAGCUGAACACAUGUGAGUAGGCACACAGGGACAUGUACUUCUGGUAGCAAGGUUGAUCUAAAUAUACAGAAGAACACUUGUAUUAAAUGUAAAUGUCCAUAGUAUGGCAGCAGGGGUUCAGUCAGGGGCUCUGAUUUAUUUUUCAGGAUUUCAUUUUGAGGGCUUGGCUUGAAAGCUUUUGAAAAGUUGCCCAUCGUGACCUUCAUGUUUUCCUCAUAAGGAAGCUGAAUAGAAAACUGUAGCUGAAUGGGGAAAAAUAUUCUAUGCUUCGAGAUAAAAGAUCGAACCUUCUUGAAAAGUGUCCUUGAACUCAUCAAUUCUCCAUUUUUGAAUAGCAUUCAGAAAGAGAUGGAAAGUUGCAGCGGCCAAAAAAAGGGGGAAUGUCUUCUCACAUAAUAACAGAGCGUGUUUAAUUCAUUGAAUUAACCUUAUGUUUUUAAGAGUUCUCUCAGGUGCUGCAUUUAUCUGAUUCUCAGUCUGAGCCUUCAGCAUUUUUUUAUAUUAUUCCCACGCCUGGAAGGUGUGGGAAAGAUGAAACAGCAGGUGAAAAGGGUGUAAAACUCAUCAUUUGUUGCAUCAGCCUUACGUUACUCCUUGUCUAGUGCUAAUGUUCUAGGCUAAUAAGAAGUCAGAGGUGGAAUAAUAUCACAUUACUUAAAUAUAUUGAGACAGAGCAGAUAUGGUUAUGGCUAAAGAGAUGAUAAUAUCAAGCAUGGCUCUGGAAACAUGUUUCUUACAGUAUGCUUGUCUUAAAUUUCACAGGAAAGGAACUUCAGCGGUAAAUAAUGGUUCAAAAAAAUGAAAACAAAAACAAUAUAGUCUUGAAGAACAAAGUCUAGCAAAGAAAAUUUCAAUAAACAUGAAUAGUAACACCUGUAAAUACAAGUAUAGCAGAAUUAAAGAUAGGAUAUAGCCUUUAAAAUAUUUUAGCUGUCUUUAAAAAUACUCCCACUUCCUUGCAGUUUAUACAAUGUCACAUGAAAAGAAUUCAGCACUGUCAAAGAAAGAGAAAUACUUAAGUCUCAAACUUUGACAGCAAAGUUGAAGCUCUGCUGGAGGGAAUUAAUGGCAAACUCCCUGCUGUUGGUGCUUCAACCUGCAGGCCUGUGAAUUCCUGUACCGCAGCACAACCACACAGUGUAUUAUUCUUGCUCCAAGUUGAGUUACUGCGGUGAAUUGUGUUCUCCGCUCACCUCCUGUCACACCACCUUGGUUGGUAGAAAGAAAUGGACGGUGCAUUUUGCCAGGGACUGAUGGUGUCUUUGCCCUCACAGAUGGUCAUUGAAUGGGACUCUCAUAAAUCUGGGCCUGGAUCGCCGGCGGCGUCUGUCUGGGGGCAACCUCAUUAUAAGCAGUCUGGACCGCUACCAGGAUGUAGGGAUGUACCAGUGUAUGGCGUUCAACACUGUAGGAGCGAUCCUCAGCAGGAGAGCCAGUCUCCAGUUUGCCUGUAAGUUGAAAUCAGUGUUUGUCACUUUUCACUAAGAAAUGGAACAGAAGUGUAGCUGCACUUAGCAAAUAAUGCAGACGCACUCUAAACUGGGUGGGCAUUUUUUGCAAUAUUUAUCAGAGUGCUGUAACAUUGUUUUGAAGCUACAUUAAAUGUUGAAAUAACAUGGGAGCAGUCUGAGUGUGAGGACUGUUCUUUACUUGUGAUCACACAUGCAAACUAAGAAUGACUUCUUAGCUCCAUCAAAAGUCAUUUUGUCCUUUAUUGGAUGUUCUCAAGGGAAAAGUAGUCUGUCAUGCUGCUUAAAAGCUUAUAAAGAAUAUGUGAGGAAGGCCUGAUGCCUGAGGAAUGUGGUGUUUACUUUAAUAUGCUGCUACUGCCAUAAGACAAGAACCAAAGAGUAAUGCCAAUGAAUAAAAGAAUAAGUGAAAACAUUGCUGUAUAUUACAUCUGCAGUGAUGUUGUGAAUGAAAGAAUGUUUUCUUAAGAGAACACAUCCUCAACGGUGAAACCUGCAAGCAUCUCAAAUGAAAAAAAAAAAAAAAAAACUCCAUUUAUGUGCUUUUCAUUAAGACUUCUUUUCAUGCACAUCACAACAAAAUGUUUUUUUCACACCUUCUCCUGGUGGCAUCUGGCUAUGCAGAUAUUUUUGGUUUUAUUUGACAAGCUUUUAAGAUAUGCACUGCCAAGAAAACGGAACAAUGACAUUUAAAGAGAAAACUCAGUACAAAUAAGCUUUUGCAGAAAUAAUGGUCUGGUUACACUCCUCAAUUUGCACACUUGUGUGUGCAAGAAAAAGGAAUGGCCCUAGUUUAAUGCAGUUUAGCCUUAAAUUGACCCCCAAAACAACCUCAUCUUACUGCUGUUAUUAGUGUUGAAUGUAUUUCUUUGCAAUUUUACUUCCCAUUCCUGAGUGGUAGGGUUGUGUUGACACUAGAAUUCACACUCAAAUUCAAUAAUGCCCAGGCACAAAAGCUUACUCUGCAGUACUCUGCAGUGCUGGUUAAAAAAAAAGGCACCGCAAACUAGGGAUGCAUGGAAAUGAAAAUUCUUGUCUCAAACCAAAAAUAAGGAAACCAAGGCGGAAAACAAAUGAUUAAUGCCAAUUAUGAGUACCAUUGUAAUUAUGGCUAUGACGGUGUACUAGCCUCACUAAAAUCAAGGUAUUGCAAUUGCAUGAUUUUAUAUUAAAUUAAUAUUAUUAAAUUAAUAUUAAUUCAUGCAAUUGCAAUGUGAGUUUUGACUUCUUAAGUCAGUGUGUUGCUGCAUGUUCUGUAUACAUCUUUAGAUGGCGCACGCGAGUGAGGGGCAAAAACAACUGUUAAAGCUUUAAGAGAAGUGUUGUGAGCAGUAGAGCCGCAGCUAGAAAAAGAAGUAGCGACAUUAGCCUGCGUCGCCAUGUUUAUUUCUGUUUAAGUUAGGGUUAAAGGUGAACCCCUAGCAUCCGCUUGUAUAUUCGGCUGCAACAUCUUCCACAGAUCGACGCCACAUAAAUUGAACCUGAUGUGAGGAAACUCUUUGCAGAUGUACCUCCUCUUGAAAUUCAAGCAUUACAUGCUUCAUUAACCGCUAUCCGUGGCUGUCACUUACAGUAAAAUAUGUCUACACCGCAGACGUACUGGCCCUUAUCAAGACAAACACAUGGGGACUGCGGUUCAUGCUUGCGUCAUCACGUCAUCUCUUUCGGCUGGGUUGUUUCGGUUUCUUUCAACCAAAUUUCCAGUGGCCGAAUUUUCUCUGCAUUUCUAUUGCAAACCGAUGACGACAUUUGCCGUAACACCGAAGGCAAAUGUAUCAUUCUUAUGAUUGCCUUAAAAAUGAAUAUUGAAGCCUAAAUACAGAAAUAUCUCCUCAUCAGAGAUCUUUUCCUUUACCUGUAUUUUUCAUUAUUCUCAAAGGUUUACUGUGUCUUUGGGCAUCAGCCAUCAAUACUUAAUAGAAAUGUUGACAUUUCUAUUGUCUCUGUAAGCCGUCCUGACAUAUGUUCGAUUUGGGUGAAGUUAAUUUUUGAGAUAAGUCUAAUAAAUACUCCACCAUGACUUCUUUACACCAGGUAUAAGAAGCCCUAAGCUAACAUGCAUCCACACAUUUAUUUCAUUCUGUUUUCUUGUGGUAUAUAUGAAUCUUUUCAGUUGGUUUCUCAAGAUCUUGACCUGGUGUUAAAUAAGUGUGACUAAUAUUCAUGAAGUUACAAAAGCAAACAAACAACAAUUAGGCUUAACUUCCUCUCAAGUGUGUGCAGUGGCAGCGUUGUGUGAUGUGGCCUGGCCCACUACAGGGGCAAACGUGUUGUAUUCUAUUGUUUUCUCAGCAGAUUAUCUAUUAGAAUGACAAAACAAGCUUUGUUUUCUUGAGAAUUAGAUAGAUUAGUAUGUUUUAAUGAAACAGCUCUAUUGUUCCAGUAUGACAAGAAAAUCAUGUUAAGAUCUUGAGAAAACAACUAACCCUCCCCCCACACACGCACACACACACACACACACACACACACACACACACACACACACACACACACACACACACACACACACACACACACACACACACAGACACAGUAGACUUCAUAGGUGCAGUUCUGCUUAGGGCUUCUAUGCAUGGCAGCUGAAUCCACUAUGAUUGAUCUGUAUUGAUACUGGGUGUUAAAUAUCUAAGGACUUUAUUUAACUGAGUUAAAUCCUGUCAUAAAACUGCACUGGCUAAAUUUACAGAUCAUCUAUUUGAUAUGCAUUCACAGCUUUGAGAACUGACAGGGGCAUCUGAGCUUAGGUUGUAUGACUUUGACCAACUUAACCCUUACAUACUGUUCGAAUCCUGUAUCCUCACCGUAUGCUCUGGGUCAAAAUUGCCCAUGUAGCAAGUAUUUUCACCUAAGUUCUGACCCCAAAGUUUUUUAUAAUGUUUAAAUGACCUAUGCUACUUCAAAAAAUGUUGAUUUGUCCUUCCUAAAUGUUCCAAAGAGCAGGGAAAGUGUAUUUUUUAAGUUUGAACACCACUCGUUUUUGGUGAAAUAUAUAUUUUGGAGAAGAAUAUCUAUUACACAGGAUAAUGUCAUGUCAUAUUAUGUAAGAAAUAAAAGAAUAUAAAAGUCAUAAUGAUAAAAUUUGAUAUUUUUUUUUAACUACAAACCUUAUACUGAACACUGUUCUUACUGCUUGUCACUUGUCCCACACUGGUAGAUCUAAAAUAAAUCUAUAUAGAUGCGGGUCAAAUUCGACCUGUAACAGCCCCAUAGGGGGAAAAUGUGUAGCACAUAUACAAAAAUACACAUGAAUAUUUUUAAAUUAAUUUCAUGUAUUUUGGGCCACUUCAGAAAAAUUUAUCAUGUUUCAGGCUCAAAGAAUGACGUUUAGGGUAUUUUCUACUGCUGUUAAAAGUCAAAACGGGUCAAAUUGGACCCGAACAGUCUGUAAGGGUUAAAUGAUUUCAAAUCACACUUUUUCCUCUGUAUUUCUUAGACAUAUACACAACUAUUUAGAACCUGCUCAAACCAACAUUUUUUUCCCAUGCCUUAAUGUUUAUACUUAACUUCUCAUGUGGGCUGUGAAUUCAGAUUUCUUCACUGUAUCCUGACACUAGCAAAACCCAGUAAUAGUAUGUGCGUGGUUUCUUUCUCUCUCCCUGUCUCUCUGGCUCUCGAGGCGGAAGUGCAAUUCUCAUGGCAGCUUUCAAUAGGCUUGUGUCAGUGUCUUGCUCAAAGCUUUUUCCUCAGCUCUGCUUCACUCUGAUAUAUGAGAUCCUGUAGUGAUCUUUUUUCGUUUCUUUUCCCUCAUCAGACUUGGAUCAUUUCAAAGUCCAUACCAGAAGCGCAGUAUCAGUGCGAGAGGGGCAGGGAGUGGUGUUACUUUGUGGAACGCCCACUUCCUCAGGAGGUAAACUCUCUGGCCUUCAUCUUUAGUGUUUCACAGGAUUAAAGUAUAAUCUUGACACGGAUGAUUAGCCUUUUUUAAUCGCAUUUAAUUCACUAAUCACAUUAAGUAUCUCGUCUUGUGGUAUCCACGAUAAGCUCAAAUGCGUUCUUGGUUGUCUUCCAGAUCUUACUUAUGCAUGGGUCUUCAACGAGUACCCAUACUUUGUUCAACAAGACAAUCGUCGCUUCGUCUCCCAGCAGACGGGAAACCUUUACAUAGCUAAGGUGGAGCCCUCAGAUGUGGGUAACUACACCUGUGUGGUGAUGAACAGCAUCACAAAGGGCAAAGUUCAGAGCUCGCCCACGUCUCUGAUCCUCCGGACAGAUGGUAAGACGCAGCUUAUGGCCACGAUGUGACAAGCAUGCCUUUCAGCCAUGUAUUAGGGACCUUUCCUUUCAAGGUGGCUUUAAUCAUCAUAGUAGCGUGAGUGCUCUUUGUUGUGUCGUGCCUUGCUGUCAUUGAGUCACUGAGUGCUAAUGCCUGUAAGUAAAUAAAUGCUCUUCAAUGUAGGCCAGCAAACAAAGCAACCAAAUCUCUCUUUUGCUGACUUAGCUUUCUCAUAAUUCGCAUUCCCCUUUAAAAGCUCUCCCUGUGCGCCGUACACAUGAAGUCUCAGGCUCAGGUCCUCGGCAGUCUGUUGUUCUAUUCUCUGUUAUGCUUUCAUAGAAAGACUGAAUAAAGAUUGCCUCUGGAAUGAAUAAAACAUAAGCCAUACGUCAUUGGACCAUUACAUUGAGUGUUCCGGUGGCUCAACCAGUUAGUUUCCACUCAGUGUACUGUACAUGUAGCUGCAUAAAUUUAAAUCCCAUCUCAUCGCUCUCUGAUCCUGGUCUCGACUGUCUCCCAUGAAUACUGAUAUUAACAAUAAAACAGUGGAGUUUGGGUACUGCCCGCUCAAGCUUUGAAAUAAUAGAUAAACAACCAGGCUGGCUUGAAAAACAUGGUUUUGAAUACACUGCACUCAUUCCACCAAGAGGAGGCUGAAAUUAUUCCUUGUGGGUAUUCCACUGCACUCUGGUGACUGCACACUUAACUGAUGAACGACCGUGUUGGUUUCCCCAUGGGGGAAUGUUUGCUCACGUGUCUUUUAUUUCCCUGUGUAAGUUUUUGCAGUUUUAUUGUUUGGUCCAUAAUGCAAGCCAUAUUGCUUGUAAGUCAUGAAUAAUGUAGGUCUGAGCAAGUUUUCUUGUGCCUGCCUCUUCAUAGGAGUGAUGGGUGAAUACGAGCCGAAAAUAGAAGUUAAUUUCCCAGACAAUGUACCAGCCGCAAAAGGAUCAACAGUUACGCUGGAGUGUUUCGCCCUUGGGAAGUAAGCUGGAUUCUGUCAAGCAUGUUUUCAAUCUUCUGCUGUCUUUCUCUCCAGAUGAGGAACCCCUGGAUCCCUGUGUAUUAAAGUUAAUGGGGCAAUUAUAUUUCUCAAAGUGCAGCAUCAAGCUGGGAUUGGUCUGAAAACCAUCUCAGAUGGCUUUUUUGUUGCGGGAUUGAGUUAACUUAAAACCUUUCAUCCACAAAAAAAUAAGGAAAGAAAUAAAAAACACGACACUGAAUAGACUUUAAGCUCUGUGGCUCACUUUAUUGCAGGGUUAUUACAGAAAACCUGUGUGACAAUCGUAAAACUUCAAAAGGAUGUGGAUGUGAAUCUACUCUGAGGCUUAACUCUACCUUUUUUUUGCUCAGCCCUGUCCCAGAGAUCACCUGGAAGAGAGCUAACGGCGUUCCCUUCCCCAGCAAAGUCAAAAUGAAGUACUCUAAUGCUGUGCUGGAGAUCCCGAGCUUCCAGCAGGAUGACACGGGGGGAUACGAGUGUGUGGCUGAGAACAAGAUGGGCAAGAACACGGCCACGGGGAGACUGGCUUUCUAUGGUAGGCUACUUAUAUUUCGUUUUGACUCGCUAAAACAACACAGUGACAUGAAGUAAUUGUAAAACUACAAACUCUGUAAGAUUUCUGCUAUGGUGAAUUAGGCCUGGUUUAGGUUAUGGGUCUUAUGGGUGGUUUACGCGUCUCCCAACAUUUCUGAGGAGAAAUCUGGACAGGCUUUUUGUCCGUGAUAAAACUGGCCCAGGUUACCUCGUAAUCUUGGACAGUUGGAAGUAACUUCAAGUUUUUGUUCACAAUACUUUUUUAAAAAUCCAGCAUGAGUUUUAUGUAUUUUGGGAUGUAUUUACUCCACAAUCAGAUGUUGCUUUCAUGGAAAUGCACCAUUUUACUCCAUUUACCUUUAGAUAUUGAUGUUAACAGACCAUUGCUAAAUAUAUGUCAGCAAAAGAAAAUAAAGGAUUAGUUUUAGGGUUGAAGACAUUUGCAAGAGUCACAACUUCAGUGCAAAAGCAAAAAAAAAAACUAAUCACAGUUGGAUUAUUCACUUCAACUUUUUGGCUUUUGAGAGUCUGCAUACAAAAAUCCUAAUAAAACUUUUGGCCUGUAGUGUAGGUCUAAGCGUAAAACCCCAGGAAAGGCUUGCAGGUUCCCCCUGACCAUCCCUAAUAAUGUCACAUAUUUUUUCAUAUUCUGGAUUUCAGAUAUGUAAAAGUCCCACUCUGAUAAUUUGUUUUACAACUUAAAGUGUUAUCAGUGGUAUUUUAAUUGUGAUUAUGAAGUUUUUAGCCAAAAUCAUGUUACCUGUGUCAUUUUCAAGGGCUUUUCUUCUGCAGAGCUCCAGUAGCUCAUUAGCAAUUCGCCUCUGAGUCGUGGGCAGAGACAGCGCUGCUCUGCACACUCCUCUUCAUGCUAGCUUGCAGCCAGUGUGGUAGAAGUAGCAGGUAACACAGGAGCUAUUCAACUCUUGGACACGUAUGUCUUUGUAGACAUGUUGAAAGUUAAUAUCAUAAUUUGUUUCUUAUGAGCAUUGCAAUCUGCUAACACACACUCUUGUUCUGCAAUCAUCCUCUUUACUUCUCAGAAUCUGGACUGCAUAGCAGGGCUCUGGGAGCAGAGCUUGGAAUUGUGACGUAGAAAAUCUCUCUGUAUCUGAUCCUGCUGUUUGGGUCUGCCAGAGAUUCACAGCGAUUUGAAUGCAGAAAUACUCAGAAAUGCAACUUCGCACUUAUUUUCCUCAUGAUAUGUCCUGUAGCAUCAGAAAAAUGCCACAUGAAGACGUAGACAAGAAGAAAAACAUGAUUUUCAUCAGAGUGGGUCUUUAACUGAAUUUCAAACAUAUCUGUUUCUUUGGUUCUGAUUUUGAUGGCUACUAACUACUAAGUCUCAAGAAAUGCUCUGAACAUCAAAAUAACAUUUAACUUUUAAAACCAGGAUUCCCUUAAAUUUCGAAAAGUCUGAUUUUGUGAUACUUCAUGACACUUUCAGCUUCGAUAUCAUGUACAUAUUUUCACUGUUAUAUACGAAUUCACUGUUCAAACAGCUGGUGAAAACUUGUUCUGGUUUCCAUGACAUACAAUAACAAUACAAUAAAAAAAUUAUGUUUUUAGCCAGAGUUAGAAUUUCUGCUCUGUAUUUAAAUCUGGAUUAUUAUGCCAAUGAGAGACUACUACAAGGAGACAUAGCAGGUAACAGUGUUUCCAAGCAACAGAAAACAUAAUUGAAAAGCGUUAUGUAUGGUGAGCAGGCAGCCACCAACUAAAGCUUUAAACAAGAUUACACCAAAAAAGAUUUUUUAGAUGAUUUGAUUGAUUUCUCAAUGAAUUGAAAACCCACUUUAAUACAAUAGCUCACAAUCUACCACUGAUUAAAAUCCCGUUUCUGACCUCCAGUUUUUGCUGAGAAUCACCCCAGCUGAGUGUACUACAUCUCCCCUUUUCUCAUCCAGGCUUGUAAAACCUCCUGCUUUGAUUUUUCAUCAUUCCACUGGCAUAACCACAGCAGUUUGUAGUCAAUUGUUUAGAUCUGCUUCCUGUGUGAUCGUGUGAGAAAACAGAUGAGAACGUGUUAGGUGGCAGGUUUCUCCUUUUUAGUCUAAAAUAUCUCACAAUGAGUGAUAUAAGCAUAUUUGAAUAUCCAUGAAGUUUCUCCUCAUGCUCAUGAAGUCAUCCUUUCUGUGAAUAGGUUAAAAUUUGAGCCCCCUGUUUUGGGCAUGUAUUCCACUUAGUCCUUUUCACAUGUGGCUUCAACAAUUGGUCCAAGUAUCAAAGAAAAAAUUCAAUACGAUCACCGCUGUAUAUGCACAGACAGAGGGAAAGUCAUUACUUUUUCCUCGGAUAAUAAGCACUGUUGGUUUUAAUCUUACCGCAGUUAUUACAUUUUUAGGCUCUUGGCUUACCUCAGCUGUGAAUGUUUGCACGAAAGAGGCAAAAUGACACCUGUGAAAUCGGAGGUGACAGUAUGUACAGUGCCUGUGAAGUGAGCUGUGCUUAGAAUAACACUCUUCCCAUUAAAAUUCCUGAAAAGCUGUAAAUAUGUGAGAGUUAAGAUGCAAGGAGUUGUGGAAAACAGACAGGGGUGAUGUUUUUUUACACAGAAUUAUUGUGACAGGUUUUGGGGGUGAGUAGUUAAGUUGGGUGCAUGUCCCCCGCCCUGUCAGGAGAGCUUCCUGCUUUGUGGUGCAGUGUUUGGUGCUAAUCAUGAGUUGCCACAGGGUGUUAAGUGAGUAAGUAUAAGUGAUGAAACUGAGUGAUAGCCUACAUCCCCUCCUCUCUAAAGACAAACCCAUUCUCAAAGUGAUUCCACUUAUUUGAGCUGUCAAUCUCUGUGCUUCUUUCCCUUUGAACUAUUUCAGAUGCAGCAUAUUUAAUUUGAUAUUUAUGCUCAUUCUUCCUCUGAUAUUUUACUGGAGUGGGUUUCUGUUCCCUCAGCCAAGCCUCAGUGGAUCCAGACCAUGAAGGACACAGCUCUGGCCAUAGAGGAGAGACUGCACUGGGAGUGCCGGGCCAAUGGGAAGCCCAAACCCUCCUACACGUGGCUGAAGAACGGCCAACAGCUACUCUCAGAGGUAAAUUACUGCCACCUCUCGAUGUUUCAUUUUAAAGACUUAAUCUUCAGCUCCAGCUCAUCCUUUCAUUUCAGCGAGCCGGGCGCCAGGCACUCGGCUGUUUUUUUUCCAAGAGCAAUUCAGAGUGAGAUGAGAGGAGAGUGUAAACAUCUUGCCGAGGUGUGCCAGUGAUGAGACAUGGAUGUAACUGUCUCUACCUUGGCAGAUUACACAGUCUUAGAGAGUGGAUCAGUGUAGUCCCUGGGAGAUUGCUCCAUUUCAUCUGAAUGGAGUCAGUGGUUGUUUUUCAUUAUUCAUGGUGCAUGUUUAAGCUCCUCCAGAUUUAGGGACAAUGGGCUUAAUCUCCUGUGAAAUAUACUGUAUAUAGCAGCGCACCUCACUGCAGACCACCGGAGAAUUUCAUGUAGUCUUGAGCGUUUGGAGAUCUGUAGCUUUAAAAUUGACUUGACUUUAACAUGUGGCUUAGAUUUUUUUCUCUGUUGCACUUAAUAACACUCAAGGUGUGCCUUCUUCUUUUGAAUGAGACUGAAUAUAAUAUUGGAGAGGCAUUUCUUAAUACCAGUCUUUGAUUGAACUGUAUAUAUCCUAUCAUAUAUCAGUUAGUGGUAUUUGUACCCUGUGAGGUGUCAUCAUUAUUCUUAUUGAAGUAUCACCGUUUUUGGCUCAGACUCACAGUUUGUAGCUCAAGAUAACCAGCCUGCCAAUGGAUGUAAGAGCUUAAUCCUAUUGAGGCAAAACAGAGAGGACAUGAGAAUGGGCUGAAUGUAAUGUUAGGUUGCCAAAGCAAUCGAACCUCCGAUUCAAUCUGGUAAAUUGUUUUAAUUGCUAAUGUCUUGAUUGCGUAAGAAUAACUAUUCAUUUUUUAUUGUUAUUAUUAUUUUAACCUUUAUUCAACCAGGUUUGUCCCAUUGAGAUCCAAGAUCUCUUUUGCAAGAAAGGCCUGGCUAAGAAUGGCAGCACAAACAGUUUCAAUACGUAAUCACAUUUAUCAUAUAGAAUACACAUUUAUCCACGCAGACGCAAUAAACAGUUGAAGUUUUCACUGCAGGAUCAUGAGGAUGUUGGUGCUUUGGUGGUGGCGACAUAAAUAAAAAUCUCAGAAAAAUAAAACCUUACUUCCAAACACCCCAUGCCUUUCCUUGAGCUCUGCAUGUCAGCACCUCUGUCUGAUCGCACUUGAAGCAGUUUAUGGUUCAUAUUCAUGUUAUUCCUCCUGUCUAGAUCCUUGCUGAUGUUGUACUUACUCUCAGAUUCAUAUCACCUUGGAAAAAAAAUGUCUGCUAAAUGAAAUGGUCACAUUUGAGCCUUGAAAACAUCUAAAAGGAUAUCGUAUUAACCACCUGGCAGGCUGAAGCACCUUAAUGCUCAUGAUGGUGAGAACAAGACUGUAAUUAAAACACAACCUGUUUUUCGCUCUGACUGGUUCAUUCCCUACAAUGUAACCCAGAUUUGAUCUGCACCCAUUGACAAUGCCUCCAACUCAAUCCAAUGCUUACUGAGCCUUGACAGAACACGCUGAGCAAAGCAAAAGCAACCUUUAAGUCUCAAGCAAUAAUUGCUUUCUUUUAUCCUCUUCUUCACAGGACAGAAUCCAUGUGGAGGACGGAGUCCUGUCAGUUUCAGUGCUGACACUGUCUGACGCCGGCAUGUACCAGUGUGUGGCGGAGAAUAAACACGGUGUUAUAUAUUUCGCUGCUGAACUAAUGGUUUUAGGUAGGCUGGCAUUUAUCUGUCCCCUAAAUCCUCCAAUCAUCAUCGCCAAAGAACCUUAAAGGUCAACUUACUGUCAUUCUUAAAGGUUGUCUGGAUUAGCAGAUAAUGGGGUCAGUGAGGAGGUUUUUGUGGGGUCAAACACAUUUAAAAAAUAUGUCUCCCUUCUCGAUAUACAGAUUCAUUUUGAUGUUAUGUGGAGCAUGUUGUGAAUGUUAAAGAACGUAAAAUGUGAAAUAUUUGUGGUCAUAAAUCCUGUGUGCACACAAAAAUGGGAAAGUUAUCAUAAAAACUGAUCAGAUUUUAAAUUUAUUCAUAUUCCCAUUACAAAUGUUAAACCUGUCUGCCUCUGUUACUUUUCACUUUCAUGCUUUUGACAGAUCAAACUGAAACAUGCUGCAAACGCCCUGUGAGAUUUGCUGCAGUCUUGUACUAAAGUCAGUUUACUGUUUCCCAUCAGCCUCUCCUCCAGACUUCACAGGGAACGUCCUCAGAGCUUUGCUCAAAGCCAAGGCAGGAACUACAGUGACUUUAGAGUGUAAACCCCAGGCCUAUCCCAUCGCCAGCAUCUUAUGGAAAAAAGGAAACCUGCCAAUCCACACCAAUGACAGGUGAGCACUCUUGUGUUUUGGUGUGUGUGUGUAUUGACACAGCUUGGAGGAUAAACAUAGCCUGGGCUGGUGACUGUUCAAAGUAGAAAUGUAUGCAAAUAACCCAAUCAGUAUUUAUUCUGUGCAGAUAUCAGAGUAGGUGCAUUUUUCAUCAUUUUCAAGCUCUAUUUGGUCGUACUGAUCAAAACUCUGCUCACACACACUCACUGCUUGAUUUACAUGAUCAUGCAGAACACCGACACAUAAACAAAUCCAGAGUUAGAGUUUAUCGAAUGAUAAAUGAAUCUUUGUUCUCACAAAGUCGUGGUUAAAUGCUCUCUGUUUGUACUCUGCCAUAGGAUCACGCUUUCCCCAGAUGGAACACUGAGGCUUGCCAAUGUGAGCAAGUCGGACGCGGGCAGCUAUACGUGUUUCGCCAGGAAUAGAUUUGGCAUGUCGAGUACAACUGGAAGGCUCCUUGUAACUGGUAAGCCCUGCUGUCAAAUAGCAGUAUGUUUUGCCUUCUCAUUUAGUAAGCAGAAUUCGUUGCUGGGUAUGGAUUAAAGCAGGAGAGAGGUGCUGUACCAAGAGACCCUGAGUCAAUAACUGGUGGGUAGAAAGAAAACAUCAACAAACUUUAGGUUUGGCUCUGAGGAGGUGAUGAAAACCUCGGGAAUAUGCUCUCCUCCAGGGCUCAAAUUAAACUCUCUACGUAAUUGAAUAGCAUUAAGAAAUGUUCAUAUUUAUGAUGCUCAUGUCCACGAUUUACAUCCAAACUUCAUUAUUGUAAUGUGUUGGACAGGUUGCAAUUGUAACCAGUGCAACCGCAAAGUAAAAGACAUUCUCUCCUGAGUUUCAUUUCAUUGAAUUGUUUUGUCUGGCUGCAUUUCACAGCGGCUGCAAUAAUGCACUUGGAAGGUGUUUGAGGGAAAUAGUUGAUCAUUGUUUUCCUCAAAGCAGUUGAAAACAACCAAUUUGGUGCAACAAAUAAAAGUGCCAUGAGUGGAAGCAAUGAAGGUGUUACAGAUGCUGUUAUCCUGUGCGAAUGGUGCAUGUUCUCUUAUUGCUUUUAUUAAUCUGCUGAGUCCUAUUGUCUGCCGCUGUAAAUGCAGAGGCCAGUCAUUUUUUAAAUGACCGGUGUUUUCCAAGGCUGUAAUGCAGUCAGCAACACAGAGCAAUGAGCCAGGCAUUGAUUAUUACAAGCUCAAGAGCUGUGGAGACACUAUUUAUAUGUGGCUUUUUUAUCCCUUGACUUCCCAUGUAGGGUUAAGUGUUUAAACAAAUACCUUUUUUUGUCCGAUCUCCUUUAUUUGAUUCUAGCGGAAAGAUUUUCUCUGUAUUUUGAGCAGGGCAGACUUGCGUUAUUUUAACUUUUCAGCCAGUGUAAUGGGGCAUGUCACAGAGGCAAGCUACAUGUUAUCAAAUUAGUCAACUAAAUCCCCUUUCACAAACGCACUGCACCCUCAAAAACUGCCCGUCAGUAAGACUGCACACCUGAACAGCUUUUUGUUUUCCUUGUUUUCUGAUCGUCUCGGGUUAAAGUCUGCAAUAUGUCAGAAUGAGUGUGUCUGGAUGCACAUGGUGGGGAAUUUCCACUGCUAACAAGUGCUUUGAGUGAUAAAGUCAUUCAUACUGAGUGGAGUUUCUCUGCGAAAUCCUCCUCUUGACUUAGUUGUCAGCAUGUUGUCUGUUUUUUUCUGACUGAAGCAUUUGUCUUGUUUUGAGCUUCUCAUACAUGUUGUCGUGAUAUUUACACAGGAACAUGCACCGUUACAUGAGCACUUUUUAGCCUCCCCCUUUCACCUGAACCGAAAGGAAUAUUCCCAGUUGUGAGAGGGGGCAUUCUAGUGAGAAAAUCUCCAGCUGUGAGACACGUGUAAAUGACAAAGUCCUGGAAAUUUCAGAGCCCGAAUAUCCUGAAAUUAUCUAGAAAUGUCAGGAGUGCAGAUGUGAAAGGGUUGAGAUUCCCUCUUGGCAAGCCUCUAUAGAAAUGCUUUGAUGAUUUGGUCUUUUACAGAGCUGCUAUUCCAGAAAAUCCACAAGACACCACUCAUAAUUUUUGCAUGAGAUGUCUCAUGUUCUGUAUGAGAUUGGCAGCUGUCCCGGCUGAAAUGACUUCAUCUUCCUUUUUUUCUGUCUUUUCUGGGGCAGAUCCAACCAGAAUCAUCCAGGGGCCAGUGGACAUGGAGAUCAUUGUGGGCGAGAGCAUCGUGUUACCCUGUCAGGUCUCCAGUGACCCUGUCCUUGACGUAUCUUUCUCCUGGGCCUUUAACGGACAGCUCAUUGCCAAGGGAGACGGUCACUUUGAGCUGGUGGGCGGGGUGAGUGACCCACAGUCGCUCUUCUUCAGAACGUGUGAAUGGGCAGUUGGCACCUCUCCCCAUUUUGCUUCACUUCAUCCCUGCCAUUAGUUAAAAAGGACAGCUUGUGGUUUGACAUCAUAGGAUUUCUUGGAGUGAUUUACUGUGGCCUAUCCCCGUGAUGGGUGCGAUAGCAUCCUUAUUUUGCAAUGGUAAAACUCUCCUCGGAGGCCUGAUAGAAUUGAGGAUGUGAGUGUCUCUGUAAGGAAGCCCCAUUGGCUCAUUCUGUCCGUCUUAAAAUGCCAAUUGUACUUCUUCGAAUUGAACAUGGUGGCUGCUAUGUCAAAAUACACUUCCUACAUAAAAACCACCAUGUAGGUAAUGUGUUAGCUGCUCAGCCAUUGUGACAGGUUGUCAUCUUCUUGAGCACACUUCUCCUACUCGAGCUCAGCCCUCAGAAGUAAUCUAUUUUUUAAUGCUUUGGCUGGUCCUGAAUUCUUUUCAAAUCCUACUUUGACAUAGCCUGCUGCACAGCUUCUUGUAACAGAAAGGGGAUACACAUCAUUAGAGGUGUCUUUUAAAGGAAUGAAAGCAUGGCAGAGCCCCAGAUGACAAAACACUUUGAGAACACCCCUCAACCCUCUUUGGAGAUUAACCAUUCUUCUUGUGUGUGUUUGACUGACAAUGUUCUUAUCUGAAGAGACUCCUUCCCCAGAAAUCCUCAAAUGUCCCCAGUCCAAAGAGAUUAUCAACUUAACUUUGCUGCUUCAAGGAAUUUAAUUUCCAUAAUUAAACCAUGUUGGCUCCACUGCCACGUUUCCCUGCCAAUGCCAAGGGAAGAUUUCCCCACUAAUUUACCGUUUGCUGCUUACGGGUGUCCUCUCAGAUGAGAAUCGAAGGCGCCUUUUCUCCUCUCCAACAGAGUAAAAACCAGCUGAACUCAAUAGUAAUGGAUUAUUUGUUAGUUUUUCAAAACAGGUCUUGAAGGUCAUCAUGUGGAGCCCUCAUGAAAAGCACAUGAAAAAGCAGAGGCCUUGUUGGACACAAAAAAACCUCCAUUUGCUGCAUGCAAUUGCAGAAAAUCCUAGCCUUGAUCCUCAUCAUAGACAGAAAGAUGUGACUCAGAGGUUCUGUCAUUUUCAGAUUUUUUUCAUUAUGUUUGCUUUACGGCUUUGACUGCAGAAACUGUCAAAAGAUAUGCGUGUAAUAUCACUUCUUGGAAACAAUUUGGAUUCUCCUCCACAAAGUCCGAGCUAAGUAACUGCUCGAUCUGCAAAUGUUUUUUGGCACCGCUAUUUACUGCACCUUAUAUAUGCUCGACUACAUUCUUUAAUAAGCUGUCACAAGGUCUGUUAUCUUUCAUGCUACAUAAAGCUUUCUCUCCUCUUUGGUAGAGAACAGCAGGAGAUCUGAUGAUCAGGAACAUUCAGCUCUACCAUGCGGGCAAAUAUAUCUGUGUGGUGGACACGGAUGUGGAGAGCCUGUCAGCCGUGGCUGUAUUGAUCGUGAAAGGUAAGGAAACCUCUCAACUGCUCUGCAGUCACUAAUUAAAACACCCUGAUUGUUUCGAAGGCCCUUAUUUUUUUUUUUUUUUUAAGGUGUAAAAAUGUGGAUUUAGGGGACUGGGUGUAGGAUUUAAGGGGAUUUAUGGGCAGGAGGGUUGUAUAUCAUUCACAAAUGUAUAAUCACCUGGAAAUUAGAAUGAUGGGGUGUCUUUUAAAAAGCUCUGAAUGUCCUCAGAAGUGACUCUUUCAACUGAUUCUGAAUUAUUUAUAACCAUGUUUCUGUACUAAGCCAAAAUGGGAAAAAACAAGCUUUUACAGAGAUUUUUUUGAGUUUCUUGACAUCAAGCAUUCAGACUUUCUCUUCAUAAAAGUUUGAGAAGUCAGGUAAAAAAAGGCAAGCAUUUAAUCUGUAUUUACAAAAAUUGCCAGCAGGGAGAAAUGACACAUGUGACAGCCAUGCUCGAAAAGAAAGAACCCUGAUCCUCAGCUGGUGUAUAAACUCAAGAAACCUUUUUUUCUUUCUAGUUUUUACCCGAUUUAUCUUAUAAGAUGUUAUUGUCAUAAAACACACUGUCCAGUUUCUGGUUAUGUUCAAUGUAAAGGAGAGUGUUGGCCAUGGCUGCCUGAGAUCCAAACUAGCAACAAAGCAGAGGUAUGUCCAAACUUUUUUGACAGAGGAGGCCAAACUGAGCACUUACCUAUGCAGUGGGGGAAAGAAGUAUGUGUGCACACAUACAGAGUUGAAUGUUAUUUAUUUACUAUUUUUGUAUGCAUUAAUCAUAUCUUCUUUAAUUCACUUCUUUCAACCUCCAAAUCGUCUGAGUUUGUUGCUCAAAGGACUCAGAAAAGAGGUGUCAGAAUUUUAAGUGCUUAAAUAAUUGCGAGCAAGCUGCUGCACUCUGUCAAAAAAAAAAAACAUAUUUUGCAAAAAAAAAUUGUUUUUCCAAUAAGUUUUGAUGAACUGUUUCCUCUCCUCUUCUCACUUAUCUUAAUUUAACAGCAUCCAGCGUAUUUAUCUAAAAUUUAACAAAGAAAAAUUGCUUAAUUUAAAGGCAUGGUUGAUGAUUGGUGGGAUUGGUAAUUAUAAUGAACCUUGUUUAUAUGGCGAUCAUAGUCCUAUAGUGCACUCUCCACAAAGUGAAGAGAAAAAGGAUGGAAAAAAUUUGUUCACCCCAGCAGGCGCAGGGCUGCAAAAACAUUGACCAAUGGGAGCCAUCCAUCCCGGACAACUCCGAUUGGUCAAUCUCCUGCUCCGCCUCUCCAUCCAUUCACCUCGCUGUAUUCGACACACCCCUCUCCCUUAGUUCUGACUCGUCUCCUACCACCCUCCUGGCCCUUCUCGGAGCUCUGAGCGGCUAAAAGUAGUGUAGCAACUUAGCUAAGCUCCAGCUUAGCUUCUGCUUGCCCCACCGCCAAAAGUGCUAAGAAAACACAAGCUGACAGAAGAAAGGGAAGAGUCGUAGAGAAAAUGUGACCACGCGAGGAAUCUAACUCAAAUAAAUAUCGGGUCAAACUUCGAGCGGUGGAGAAAGCUCUGCCAGGAUUUGGGCCUGAAAACAGACGCCGAGACAGCAGAGUUUUUAUUGAACAGGUAAUUUCUGCCUUUUAUCGUGGCACAUAUAACUCUUAUUGUCUCUGCAAUGUCAACACGGCAGCUGUCCAGGCAGCUGCAGACGGUGCUUGCUAGCAGAGUUGUCAUUUACUGCCGCUAGUCACUAGCAAUCCGACAUGGUGAAUCCUAUUUGAAGCUAGCAUAGGAUCUUCUGCUGACCGGCAAUAUUUUUUUUGUAGGACGAUAGGGGAAAGUCCCACCUCCUUCGCCUCUGAUUGGCUAGAAAAGGUGGAAACGUCAUCACACGCUCAAACCAAAUGCGGGCUGUCGGCUCUGUACAUCGAACAGGACAUUACAGAACAUUAUCUCACUUCUGAAUAUCCUAACCCUAACCCUCAUCCUAACCCUUACCCUAACCCUCACUCACCCUAACCCGACAGACAGUGACGUUUCACAGCUAUUAGGAAUAACCAAUCUGAGCCCAGCACUUCUAGCCAAUCAGAGGCAAGGAGGGCGGGACCUUCCCCUGCCAUCAUACAAAAAAAAAAUUCACGGCCGGCUUCUUGCUCUGCCAGAGGGGGUGUGUCAUGGGGAGGGCAAUACAGGUUCGGGGGGGAGUUAUCAUGGAGCACAGAGGGGAGAGGUUUGUGUGUGCUUUUUUCAAAUCUGCCUUAAUGGCUCCGUUUUCUUCAACUGCUUCUCACAUCAUCAACUAUGCCUUUACAUGCAAAGUCACCUGUAUGAACACAGCCCAAGUAGUUGAUUUUAACCACAGACUGUAUACAGAAUUGACGCCGUCUGCCUCCUCGCUGGGUGAAGCCACUGCGAAAACAGCACCCUCUGGUGGUGGGCUGCAGUAAAAGGUCAUAAAUCCCGCCUCCCCCAUCAAUCCCUAUGAAGCUGUGGACAAACCUAAGAAAUUGAUUUCACAGAAUAUAAAUUUUUCUCCCCCCUGGUUGUGAUGUUGACAUGUAGUCCUCUUUUUUCUGUACAACUCUAUUUUUAAAAGUUAUUAGUGGGUUCAUGUUUUCUAUGAUUGACACUUGAUACAGCCUAUGGGUGUAUGAAGAUUGUGUAACUCACCCGGGGGAUACACUGUUUGAGCGGAGCGUCAUCACAGCGACUCCUGGCGACUCUCCCGCCGGAUGCGUACAUUGCUACUGUGCAAGUGGUGGUUCCAGGAAGUAGAGAGAAUUCUUGAAGUACCGAGAGCAAAUCGGCUUCAAAUUCAUAUAACAACGGAAGGCAGAGCCAAAGUUGUCCAUAGUAUAUACAAUCUGUGGUAUUAACACAAACCCCACCUCUGACAGGGAAAGAAUCAGUCAUAGUUCAGGGUUUGGGGAUGAUAUAAGUGAUGGUCUAUAAGAUUUGGAGGAACAUGCACCCCUGGCCACCUAUCUAGACACACCCCUGCGAUGACAAUACCCUGUUUUACAGUAUUUGUCCAUGAUAACGCAUGUCCAGCCUGAUGUCUAAAUACAGCCACAGAUGAUUGCAGAGAAUGGGAAGGCGUGCCCAGUAAUUUCCAUUUAGCGGGUUCAAAACAGUUUACCAGCCUAUGUGAGUUAUCACAGUGGCUGUGUACUGUUUAUUACACUGUAUGGUUUUCCUACACGCUUGGAAGGGGGUUAAGUGACUGAUUAUCACUUGUUUGCUUCUAGCAACCCCGUCACUACAUGCCACUUUAUCCUUCACUCUGGUCUUUAAAUGUUUGAGUGUAAUGGCAAAUGGACUACACUUACAUACCUCUAUUCUAUGUUAACCUACAGAGCACUUUACAAUGUGCCUUUUAUCCCUCCAUUCACACAAACACACUCUUAGAGUGAUGAUAGCUGAGCUGCAAGGCCUGCCCAUUGGGAGCAACUUGGAGUUCAGUAUCUUACUCAAGGACAUUUCGACAUACAAUAGCUUUAGAGUGUGUGAUAGAUAUAGCUGCUAAAAUGGCCCUCAGUAAAAAGAUGACUAUGCUCUGUGAGGGAUAGCAAAAAAGCUGUGUGCCGAAACUGUAAAGGAAAGUAUUUUAAAUACAAAGAAUGCCAAAGCAUUGUGUUUUCUAAACCUUUUCUUGUCGGGCAGGUUUUAUUUGAGCUGACGAUUGCAGUGCAACAAAAAGCUCAUAUCCACAUGAAAUUCAUGCUGGAAGUCAUCAGAAACAACAAAGUUUUAUUUUCUGUGUAUUUUUAGUAGCACUUACUUUAUUGCAUCAAAUAAGAGAGGCUGGCUCUUCUUUUAAAUUGCAUGCAGUGAUGUUUGUGAAAGUAGAAAUCUUGCACUGUUUUCUCUUGCUCUCUCUGUGGUAAUGACCGAUUCUCAAUAUUGGAGCAAUGUACUUGACAGUGGAAUGUUUAGAUGCCUGUCUGUGCUCACUCAUGCACUAUGUAUUGGUCCAGAGAGACACGACUGUCAGGAGCUGCAUCAGGCAGAGCAAAAUAGAACAACUUUUUUGUUGUGUUUCUAUGAGUGGCAGGUUUGUAUUGUGUGCAGAGUGAGAGGGGGGAUGUGUCUCGCUUUGAUCAAUACACCAAAUAGCCCAGAAAAUUGACACCAGGCAAAUAUGCUAAAUGUCAGAUGAGGUGACUGAUGGUUUUGCUGUCAUGAUUAGAAAUGGUUGGAUCCAUAUCUUUAUCUUGUAAAGCUACCCAUGAGCGAUUCAGCUUGGCAUGUUAAAGAUUUGCUGGGCUAAUUUCAUUAAUAAGCUCUUCUCUCCAAAUGGCUAAGGACUAUGUGGAAGUAAGGCUGUUUCUCCUGCAGAAGCAAUAUCAAGGCCAUGGAAAUUGAUUGGCCCUGUAUUGACUUGAGAGGAACUUGUCUGUGACUCAGAAUGUGCAUUAUUUACACUUCCUGCUCACAGCAGCUGUCAUGGAUGUCUCAUUGCUUGGAUCAAAUAGCUUCAAACGUUGGGCGGCAAAGCAUGAAACUGGAGAGAAAACCAGUCAUGGAGGAAAAAGAAUGGUUAGUCUUCAUCACAACUAUAGACCUCUGACAAAAACGUAUUAGAUUCAAAUGUUUUCCAGUCUAGCAGUUGGCCGAUCCAUGCUAGGACUUCAAUGAAGGCCUGUGGCUACAGAAAAUGACUGUCACCACCAAGUCCUACCCUGCAGGUUGUCUACCUUAUACAGCAAGCCUUUACCAACUUCAUCCUUUAAUUUCUAUUCCUUCACACUAGUUUCUAUAGACAGGUAUUAACCCUGGUUGCUGGUUCUGUCUGACAUCGGGCAAUCACACAGGCUAGCAAAUAUUGAUGCAGCAGCUCUUGAGCUCUCUGUCUGCAAAAGAGCUAGGUCAGUUUUCAGAAAAUUGUAAAGCAAUUGAAAAAUGUACCAUAAUGUUCAGUGUCUGUUUCUGUUGCUUUUAAAAUUUAACAACUGAAAAAUCCAAUAUCCUUUUCCACACAAGUGAUUAGCUUCAGGUCCUGCUAUAUCUGACCCUGACAUUCACAACAACCACUGAGUGGAGUAAACACCACUUAGGUUUUCUUCUCUGUGAGAGUCUCCUGACAAGCUAAGAGGCAUUGUUAGUGUUUUGAAAAGUUGUACUGCCAGUGUGGAUUUUUUGCAAAGUUUAGAUCUCUUCCAUUUCUUUGGCAGAGACUCUGAAUUCAACACAAAACCAACAGUGGAUAUUCAGAGAAGAGAAAGAUAAGAUUCUGUCUAACCCCUCUAUGCGGAAAAAUUGUGUGCACUCAUUCAGGGGCCCUGAUUUGUUUGUUGUGAGAACACAACCAGCAACCAGAACACAUAUCAGCUUGAUUUAUCAUGGGCAUCAUAAUAAUAGGUAAAGCGGUUAGAAUAAAUACAGUACAAUAGGCUAGCUUUACUCAGUGCCUCCAGCCAGUUUAUCAGCAGCCGGAGAGCUGAUGCUAAGCGUGACAACAUCACAUGACCCCAGCAUCAUCUACUGGUUUAACAACUAGCCCAGCUUGUGGAACCAGGGGGAUCACUGGAACCUCCACUUAUGCCCAACUGAUCCCCUGCUGUUGGAGUGUCUUUACCUCCAUAAUUCACUGCUCAAGAAAGCUUCUCUUUUUCAUGCCCUGUUUCACAAAUUUUCGUGUCCAACGUUUUCACGUUGUUGGUGGGGUAACUGGAUAAUUUAAGGUUCUUGUCUUGAAGCCAGCCUCCUACAAAAUAAAGCGUGGCUAGUAGGCCUGGCAUUUGUUUACAUGCGCUAUGGGGAAAGGAGGCUGUGAAAUAAUGAUGAUGGUGCAUGCGUUGGCUGGCUUUACAGUGUUGCAGUGUGAACACAAAGAGAUCAAUCAAUUUUGUCAUCUGAAUCAGAACAAAGAAAACAAGCUACAGAUGUGAAAUUACCCUCAACCUGAUCUGCUCAGCAUCCUUUAAUCAAAGUUAAAAGUACGGGCUCUACAGGCCCUGUGAGUAAUGUUCAAAUAUACUGUAUGGUCAGUAUGAGAUUGCUGAAGCAUACUCAUCAGUGUGUUAGACGGAUUUAGCUUUUGUAGUUGGACAAAAUGUGAUUAAUUUAACGGCAUUGUAGUUAACUUGCUUUUGAGUGUUUUGUUAGUUUGCCAACCGUUAGAGUGGACAUAUUGAGAGGGUCACAACAUAAACCUGAUCAAUAUUCAUUUAAGUGAGGUUUUUGACUGUUUUCCAUUGUUAAAAUAUGGAUAAAAUGGCCUGUUUGGGGUCUUACUGUAACUUUGUGAUAUUGAAGAAAAAGCUGCUAUUGAGGUUUUCACUAACAUGACAAGUACUCCCUUUUGUACAAGGGCAUGUCCAGAGGGCUAACUGAGGAUGGCCUUAAAAUCUGAUUUGCCACCCUCUAUUUAGGAUGUGUAAUCAGGCUGGCUGAGGGUUUAUUUGCACUUGAUUGAAGCGCAUUUUUUUUUUAUUGCUUUGAAUUGUGACUUUAGAAACAUCUUCUUUUUAAGUGAUUCAUGUUCUUCCAAUCUGCUGUGCUUUCCUUUGAAAUAAAAAAAUAUAUACAGUAUGUACAAAUGAUUAUCACAGUUGUAUGAUCUCUUAAUGAUAUCUGUUCAAGUAAAUUGUGAAGACAGAGAGCGUAAAUUCUGUUUACAUUCUCUUUGAUCAUUUUUGUGUAUGUGCGCUCACGGUUAGAGCCUGUGUCGGAGCUCCAGUUGAAAAAGUCCCGACAAAGCAGUCUGCUCUGCUUUUGUAAGACUCAAGCCAAAACAUCAUAAUGAUUGGUGAUGUGAAAACUAUUUUAAGUGUGUUUAUUCACAUUGAAGGGUGGUAUCAUGCUUUUCCAACAAAAAAAAUGCAAAGUUACCAUCUUUGGUGUCCUAUGCAAAGUUUAAAAUCACAAGGUUAACGUAUGUUAUCGUAAUCCUGGAAAAUAGAUGUAACUGCUCAAAAUGGGACCUUGUGAGAAAAUGAAAGACUCACUUAAACGCUUGUGUCAGGGUUAUAGGCUCUUCUUAAAGAGCCUUAAAGAGAGAGAAAAAUUUUAUUUUUAUACAUCAGAGUGAGAAAAGGAGGCUUUUUUGAUCUAAAAAAUCAUGUAGAGCAAUUAAAGAGGUAUCAGAAGGGAAAUAUGGAGUCUGGAAAAAAUGCAUAAUACUCCUUCUUUAGGAAUGAACCUCUGUUGUUACUAUAAGUGAAGUGGACUCAAAAGCCUAAUAUUAUCUCCUUGGAUACAGUGAAGUAGGUGCAAAAUGUCUCAAGUAUCUAAAGGACAUGCUUUUAUACAACACAAAGUUAAAAUACUCGUUUAUUUUCUAUUCCCCACUGACAAAAACAUUUGUUUUCUGAAAACAGGCCCCAUCCUGUGUGAAUUAUCGAUACACAUCCUGUUUUUUUAAUUUAUUUAUUUUUUCAUUGGAGCUUCUUUCUUUCAGAAAAAAUUGUCCUGUGAUGUGUGUAUUAAACCAAGCAAUGGGGAAUAUGAAUUUGGAAGGAGAUUUUGCUUUUGAUUAUUAUGUUUUUAUGCCGUGUCUGAAAGCUGUGGGCAAAAAAGCAACAACAAACUAAAAAUCAAUUCAAUUACUGUUCACUUUUGAAAAGAGGGAGAAAUCUCAGAAACAGUGCGCUUUGUUUUGUAAAGCGAGAGAUAGGUGAACACUGACAAUGGAGAAAUCGUUUCUCAGUGGCUGAUGUUCCAUGUGCUCCAAAAAAGAAAAUUUAAUGUUCAAACAACUAUUUCAAUGAUGUAGGACUCAAUGAACUGUGAUAAUGUAGCGCCAGUGUGUAUAAAUGAAGCAGAGCGAGAUCACUUAAAUGUAUUGAGAUAUUCAUUAUCAUACUUGCUCUGAUACUGAUAAUUGGUGUUAACAGCAUUAGACACAUUUUUCAAUCAUUUGUUAUCAGUCUUUUUUAGUUGCUCUGUAUUUUUUGCUGUUCCUUUCUCAGUCUGCUUCCAACCCACAUCUGAAGGUCGAUAAUAAUCGCUCCUGACACAAAGAUCACUUGAGUUCUCCUUUUUUCACAAUGGCAAUAGAAAAUGUUUUAGAUCCCACUCCACGGUGCCUCACAAACACUCCACUGGGUGGUGGUAGCGGUUGGAGAAGGUCAUGUAAUAUGGAUUACAUCAUGGUUCCUGGAAUUCAAACCACUCGGUUGGCACCUGUGCUUGUUUGACAGUUGCAUCAUCAUGAUCAUUAUAGUCAUCAUCCGGGGAGACAUUGUGGAGGCAGGCACACGAGCACUAAGACCAUGUUCAAUGUGUUCCCUGAGUUUCACUGAUGUGUAAAAGUGCAGAUUACCAGAUUGGAUGGUGUUAUAUAUUAAAAUUAAAAUAAUAUGUGCAUAAACGACCAUGUCUGUAAGUAUUUAAAAUGUUACCAGAUAUCAGUUUGCCCUGUGCCGACUUCACAAUAAAAGCCCAGGCAGUCUGUCCAUAUUAAUAGCAGAUUAUAAGAACAGCCUCAAGACCCUGACAGCACCCUGCUCCCUCGGCCAAUGAAAUAUAAUUAAGAGGAUAAGGAAUUGAUCCUUGAUUGUCUGCUCCAUUAAUAUGUAUUAAUGAGGCCAGUGUAUUAAAGGUUUUUUUGAUCAAGAGCCGCUAAUGAGUUUUACAAAGAUCAAUACCUCCAAAGCCAGGGCCUUAAGGCCAACUGUAUGCGGGCAGCACGCUCACAGCUUCUGUAAACAAGAAAAAAGAUCAGCUCAGCAGUGGCUUAUUUAGCAUGCAUCUGGAUCAGAGUGUGUUAAAUAUUUAUAUGCAUACCCUCAUACAUACAGUAUACACAUAUAUUCCUUGAACCAUAAUCAAAAAAUCAUUUGUUUGUGUUUCUAAAGCAUCGAUUUUAUAUUAAAAUAAUCACUCAAUAUUUCAAUGAUUUGAAUAUUUUGCCUCAGAUGAGGAACCACUUCAGAGGCAGUGAGGAGUGUGAAGCAGAGCUCGGGGCGUCAUUAUUCUGCGGUGUGUCUCACAGUUCUCUAGUGGUCUAUUAUUUCUGAUGAGCUGACACAUUCAUUAGAAACAGGAAGCAGCAGAUGAGGGUAAAGUAAAACAUCACACUGCUUAAUUGGUGGGAUAAUGAAAAUAAAUGAUAAAACUCUGCUUCUUCAGGGCUGUGAGGCUCUUUUUCAUCUUCUACCUUUUAAUUCGAGCCCCUGCCCCUACUUACGUCUGCUGUUUCCGCGAUCAAUUACCAGAAGGAGCAUGAAAGGGAAGGAUUACAGGUUGGGUGAAUAUUGGAGGAUAAAUCUUAAAUUAACUUUUAAUUCCUCGUGAAGGGCAUAACUUCUCCUCAAAGCUUAAAUUCAAAGCUUUUCAAAUAUUUUCCCUACCUUAUGUUGAUUUCAAAUAUGGAGGAUCUUAACUAAGUAUAAUGUCUUGUAGCAGCAAAGAGAAGCUGGAUGUGAUUUUUAUGUAAAUUUAUCGGCCUUCCAUAUUUUUCACACAGCCUCUGUGAGCAUACAUAUUUGAAUUCUUAUUCUGUAGUUUGUCUGUGUCUUUGCAUGUGUGAGGACCUCACAGUAUCUGUUCCUGUGAUUAAACCAGGUCCUCCCAGCCCCCCAGACUCAGUCACAGUGGAGGAGGUGACAGACAGUACAGCCCAGCUCGCCUGGAGCCCCGGAAGAGACAAUAGCAGCCCCAUCACCAAUUACCUCAUCCAGGCCCGGACUCCCUUCACUGUGGGCUGGCAGAGGGUUAACACAGGUAGGAAGCACUUAGAGAUGAAUUUUAUCUCAUACCACAUGUGAUGUGAUUCAGAUUCUUUGUGGAUCCCCUCGGGGAAAUUGUCUAACUGCCAGGAGGUCAGAUUGUGGGGUCAGCUGCAGAACAGAGCCCCUGGAGAUGGUUGGGAUUCAGUGUCUUACUCAAGAGAACUAGAGUUCAAUGUUACUGCUUUUACACGAUCUCAUUUAAACCACUUCAGUGACCUUUGUACCUGCCUAACCAGGGGAAGAGCCUUUUCCUCAGCUCAGAUGAGGCUGGUUUGGGUAGCAUUUGCUCCCUGUUCCUGUGAAGGGUCAGAGCACAUAACAAGCAGCUUUAGAUAACAAAUUAGGAGCAUAAACAAAUUAUUUUUUCAUUAGUGUGUUUCACAGGGAUGUUGCUUUUAAUAAAAGAACCGCAAUGUUGUUUAGGUAUAUUACUUAUCUCACCUCAAUUCAUCUUUAUUUAGAAAGCACUUUAAAACAACCACAGUUGAAACAAAAUGCUGUACAGAAGUUGACAAAAAUAGCUCAGACAUAAAAAACAAUUAAAACACUAUAUAAAACAAAGCAGAUAAUAAACAUUAAAAUCAUUAUUUCAUUGUUUUUAAGAACACAUUUAAAAACAAUAGAAACAACAAAAAACAAACCAUAAAACACCAAAACAGGAGCAGAGGCUCAUGUUGGGUUGAAAGCCAAGGAAUAAAAACGGGUUUUAAGACGAGUUUUACAAAUGGACAAUGAGCAAGCUUGUCUAAUAUUUAAGGGAAGCUUGUUCCACAAAUUAUGGGCAGCAACAGAAAAAGCUCCAUCCCCUCUGAGCUUCAGUUUUGACCUCUAUGAUUGUUGUACAAAGCAUGCACAGAAACAGGUUAGUGGAGCAGCCAAACUGACACUCACCAAAACACAAAUUUAAGUAACCAAACAUUGAAAAUUUCUCAGCUCAGAACAGCAGCCGACAGCAAGGUAGAUGGACUGGAGGUGAACACUUAUACUCUCAGUCCUCUAGAAUUAUGUCUCCUAUGUCCUCUCUGACUCAGCUGAGAUCUGCCAUGUUAGCAGUGUCCCAUGACCCUUGUCUCUCCUCAGAGGAGAGAGCAUCAUAGACAAGGGAAUUUGGAGGAGCAAUAACUGAGGUCAGUGAGAGAUGCCUUCAUUGGAGUCAGAAAUUACACCACAUCAAAUAUCAGACACUGAUUGGACAUUGGAGGGACAUGGGGGAAAGGAGCCACAAGCUCCAGUAAAACCUGGGCCGACUGCCCUAGGCAUAGCUGUGUGUAGAUCACUUGGCAAGCAGCACCCCAUGAUUUCUGGUUUCAUUAAAGCUUAUAUUAAAUUAACAAUUUACAGUGUUUUUGAGACAAUGAAAAUAAAGCAUCAUGAGACAUCACAAGACAUCACAAAAUAAGCUAAUAGGAUGCAGAGUUCAUAAUCACAUAGGCACUAAAUAUCCAUAAAUACAAAAACAAAUAGUGACUCAUUUUACCUGUAAAACUGGACACAGGAUGAAGAGCCUCCUGGAUGUUUCUGUGUGCAGGUGUUUGUUAAACGGGUAACACACAAAGAAAAAAAAAAUCACCAUAACUGUGUUUGUUUGAUUUGAAUGAAUACAGAGUACCAGUUUUGCAGAUACAAACAGCUGUGAAAGCUGACUGACAGCUGAUCCGGCUGUGAUUAGCUGAUUCAGUCAUCACAAAAAGACCUCGCUUUAUCUGAUGCUCCAGAGGAAAGAACAUCUCAUGUCCCUUUUUCUCGUUCCUCUUCAUUUCCUUCCAUCCCUUUAUGCAUCCCUAGUGGGAGGGACUGAGAUGCAUGGAAAAGGGGGAGUAGGAAAUGCAUGGGUGCAACUGAGAUAUAGCCAUGGUUGUGGAGAGACUGAUGACACUUGUGUUAGUGUUUGUCACGCUUUCUCUCGCUGGUUAAGAAGUCUGCAGGAGCUACAUUGGUCCACAGAGCUGUUAGUCAUGCUUUAAAAUCCUCUUUCUCUCUCUUUUUUUAAAGCUCAAACUUACUAAGACAAAACUUCUUCAAGAAUUGGACACUUGAACAUUAAAUAGGACAAUAAUAAUAGGAAAGUAUUUUUCUAGUUUGCCUAUCAGCAUAGCAGAAGGGGGCCUUGUGACCUCUACUGUAACUAGUCAUCUGGAGGAUGGAGGAGGAUGUUCUGGCUCUUGUGCUGAAGAGUGUAUCACUCCAAGUGUGAUACAGUAUUGCUCUAACUGCCAACUAAACAAAUCUAAGAGAAAAAAAAAGAGUUAAGCUUCUUUAAUCAAUACUUUAAAUUAUCAAGGGAUCAAAUGUCUCCAUGGUUAGUGAGAGGGGUCACUUGGCAUGGUGAACCUAAAGAUAAUUACCAGAUUAUCAGCCACUGUGGUCCCCCUCAGCUCAAGCAAGUUGUACUACUCUCUAAGAACCAGAUUUUUCUUGUUAGGAUGGUGGAGACUAAAUAAGGAGAUAAAAAAGGAGAAUUACUAUGACUUAAUCUUAUAAGAUGGUUAAGUAAGAGUUUCUUAGGUUGUUCUGUUUCGACACGGUGUAAAAACAGGCAAAUGUUGGGCAGCAAUUUCAGACUAAUUUUAUAGGGAUUAGAGAAAGUUACUACUGCAGAGAAUGGUUCUCACAACUCACCCCUUACCAUACCCUACCUUUGUUCUCUGCAUGUCACCCAUACUCAGCACAAGUAGCAUCCAGCAGCAGCAUUUAAGUGCCCUCCUCCUAGGUCAUACAGCUUGUAACAAUAUCACGCUUGCACUUUGGUUGAAGAGUUUAUUCAGAAGUGUCACUGCAGAGCGAAAGGUGAGGAGAGCAGUAUCUGUUCUCAGGAUCUCUGUGGACAGUAAAGUCAAUUUGAGAGUCCCCCCCCUUUUUAAUAGUUAAAGUGAGGUUAUAGAUUUGCUUUAAGUGCUAAAAUACAUUAAUUCAGGAUAAGUCAGGGUCUUACAGUAAUGUUUGUGUUUUUUCUGUCUUUCUAGUCCCUGAGGUAAUUGAUGGCAACACAGUGACAGCCACAGUGGUGGACCUGAAUGCUUGGGUGGAGUAUGAGUUUCGAGUUUUGGCUAAAAACAGUGUCGGAGUUGGAGAACCCAGCCCGGUGUCGGUCAAGACCAGGACAGAGGACGCAGGUACAGUAAAUUGCCGUUUCGAUUGCUCAUUCAGGCAGAGAAUCUGAAACUACAGUGUAAUCUGCAAAAAUACCACCACCAUCACUGCUUUUUCAACCUUCUGAAGCCUGAAGUGAUUGUUAUAUGGAGGUCUGAACAAGGUCUGUGUUGUGUAGUUCCUGAUGCAGCGCCAGGUGAUGUGGGUGGAGGAGGUGGAAGUAGAUCUGAACUGGUCAUCACAUGGGAGGUAAGUCAUCAGUCUUAUGUUCUAGUAUGAUAUUCAAAGUGCUUGUAGUUCAUCUAUUUCUACUUUCUAGCGAGGUGCUCGAUGCUUUCCAUUAGAUUGAAGCCCCUGCUUUCUUGGUUUGUAGGUGCCGCACAUUUGGGGUAAAUGAAAGUCUGGUGCAGAAGUAGCUGUAAUUUCUUAGUUAAAGAGUCUUCAUGUAAUGUAGCACACACAAGCAGAGCACUUAAUCCGACAGUUAUUGUCAUUUAUGAGGCUUUGAUCUGUGCUGAAUUACUGUUGUUCAGCCAAAUCCGCUGUGCUCAUAUCCAGCUCUGAAGUAAACCGGUCGGCUAGCUGAGAAAUAAUGUAGAUAUUGAAGGAUUCAUUAGUUUGCUAGAGCUCUCUCAUUAUUUUAGUUUUCUCAUUUUAUUAAAAUCAAAAACAACUUUUCAUUCCCAAAGCUAUGCAGACGUUCUUUAAAGAGCUUAGUUUUUUUUCUUAAUAGCAUUUCGCUCCUUAUUUCAUUUUGUCAGGUGGGUCACAAAAGCAAUUUAUGGGUGGUGCAGUUCUUUUGAGCAGGGGGUAAGUGAUCAUGUCAGCCCAGCUGUGGGGUGAAUGUGAGUGGUUUGUAUAUGUUUUAAUAUCACUAUAGUUUUGUGUUUCACUCUCAGCCUGUCCCUGAAGAACUACAGAAUGGUGAGAGCUUUGGUUACAUCAUUGCUUUUCGAGCCUUCGGAGAUGUUAGCUGGACUCACGUGGCCACCUCUGCGCCUGGUGCCGCUCGCUACGUGUACCGCAAUGACAGCAUCGCGCCCUUCUCUCCAUUUCAUGUGAAAGUUGGUACUUACAACAGCAAAGGACAGGGUCCCUUCAGCCCUGUGGUCACCAUCUAUUCUGCAGAAAUAGGUACGGGGAUGAAUAUGUGUGGGGUUUUUUCACUAAAGCUACAAAGCUUUUCUGUUUUGGAAAGGGACAAAGAUCAUGAAAGUGUUUUUUUAGAGCAUCUAGUAGGCUGAAAGCCUGGUGUUUUAUCUCCCUGCAUCAAAUAAAGAUAUAUGCAGGAAAAUAAAUUUGUAGGAAUCUUUCAUAUGCAUAAAAAAGUAGUGGAAAAAUUGGGGGAAACUGCUACAAAUUUAUCUAAGGAUAGGCAGAUUGCCUCCAAAUAUCACCACUCUUUUAAACGGCUAUUCCAAAGUGAGAAGCGCUUGGCAUUUAGAUCUAUGCUACCUCUCUGCAUGCUGAGAGGGGGUCAGUGUUUAGUGUAGUGCUGGUCUAUUUACCAGCAGCACCUGUGUGUGGUGAUUCAUCCAUGCAGAGAUCAACAAGAAUGCCGCACUGUUACAAAUGUAAAAUGUGAAGAGAUUUGUUCUGCUUUUCUCUGUGCCGUUUGAGGAAAGGCACCGCUCAGUCUCCUGUUGUCUGUUUUCAGAGCCAAGUGGGAUGCCAGCGGGAGUUUGGGCCAGAAGUGUCUCAGCCUCUGAGAUUGAGGUGAAUUGGCAGGCUCUCUCCUUCACCCCUGAAAGGGUUUUGGGCUAUGAGGUACAUUUUUACCCUUUUAAAUGGAAAUAGAAAUCACACACACACAACACAAUUCAAAUGCUAGUCAUCACCCCUGUCCUACCUCAAAGCCGACACUUCCAAACUCGGCGUCGCCAUGGUAAUGGCUGUUUCAGUUGGGCGACUGUUAUGGGCAAAAUUAUACAGUUCUUUGUCCCGACACGACAGGAAAACAUGUCAGAGCGUUUUUAAGAGAACAAAAGAAAAUUGCCUGUCCACAUGCCUUUUCAGGUUGCUGUCAGUUAUGGGAUAUCAUGAUACGGAGCUCUAUGAUAGCCUGUGCUGCAAAAUAGAGCAGACCUAGUGUCAGAACACUAACCAAAAACUGUGAUUAUACCCUGCUUCUUUUGUUUGUUUUUACAGCCGGAGCUGAGGCAUCAGGGGAAUCGAUCCUCAGCCUUGUAAUUGUUCUCUAAAUAGAAUAUGAAUAUUAAAGUAUUACAUUUGAAACCCCUCACAGUUGAUUUUAUUCUAUUUUUUCCCUCAAAAACUGGGACAGCCUGAUUACCUUACCUGCUUACUUUGGGCUGAAUAAUGAGGGUGAUCAAAGGGCUCAAAAGUAAGAUGUUGUUGUUAUUCUUUUGAUUAAUAAAAGCAAAGCUGCUUCAAUAUUUCCAUCUGGGAAUGUAGGUAUAAAAUAUCCAACCAGCCCAGGGGACCUCAACACCAACUAAAACUAAAUAAUGUUGCUGGAGAGGUGAAGGGCUGGGGGAUGGGUGUCAUUUCCAGAUAUUGUAUUUUCAGUUUGAGAUUUGUAUUGAGUGGCCAUUAAUCUUAUGGUGGGUAGCUUUAGUUAUUUAAUUUGCAAUAUGUCAUAUAUGUAUAUCUUAACUAUCUGUAUUUUGCAUGGAAAACAGAGAUUGCUUUAGCUACAAUUCAACAAAGAUUUAUGCAUGAUAGAGCUGAAACAUUUAGACCAUAUAUCCAUGAGUCUGGUCAAAUAAAAAACCCUGACGGUUCGUUUAAAUAAUUCAUUUGAUGUUUUAGUCAUUGAGCAAAAAUGCAAAUCUGGGCUGAGAUGCACACACGUGAGCUUCUGUAAAUACAUGAUUUUAAAGCUCGUUGAACAUUUUAAUAAUGUCAUCUUGAGUUUCUUUUAAAUGUGACAGACCAAUUUUGAUAUUUGAGUUUCAUAAUGUGAUCUUAUAUAAACAGUGGGGACUCUUGAUUAAUCAGUAUGGAGGGACACCGAUAGUUAAGGUCUUUUUUGUUGUCUUUAAGCAAAAAUAGUUAGACAUCCUGUGAAGUUGUAAAAGCACAUUAACGAAGGCUUUGUAAUAUCAGAUCAAACAUCCUCCUACAGAGAUAAAAGAAAACCAUAGUCUGACUUAGGAGGAUAUACCCAAGGGUGAUCAUUUAUCAACACCACAUUUCUCUCAAGACAUCAAACACAGCUACAAAAUACCCUGUUGUGUUGUAUUUGAUUGAAAAUUCACGCUACUAAUGUUCGCAUUUUGCUUCAAUCUGAAGCCAUAUGUCAUGGUUUAAUUCUAGAUGAUGUGCUCCCUGUCACAAACAGGUGGUAUACUGGGAGGAUGACACCAAACCUGAGACCAUGGGCAAGGUUAGGGUGCCCUGGAACCAAACGUCGGUCACAGUGAGCAGCUUGGCAGGAAACACGCAGUAUUUUCUCACAGUCAGUGCCUUUAACACAGCUGGCACUGGGCCCUUCCUCCCUGCAAUCAAUGUGACCACGAAAAAGCCCCGUAAGUUUGAGCGCCCAGUACUGAGUUGCAUAAUCUGUGUGUAAGUUUGACUGGUUGUGAUCAAGCGUUCUCUUGAAAGAUGGGAUCAUUUGGAGGAUGAGGAGUAGAAGAGGGAAGUGAUGGCUAACCCAGUUCUACCUGUUAUUGACACUUGUUAUUGUACACUUGCUCUGUUAUAUUUCACAUACCUAAUCAGGAAUUAGAGUUUGCACUUAAAGAAACACUCCAUAAAGAAGUUUGCACUGAUUCAACCAAAUGAGGUUCAUCCUUUCUGCCCACAUUUUGGUUAUUUUGAACACUGCGGCCCACUAGUUGAGAUGACACAACUUAAGCUGAAACCUACCUGAUUAUAGUAUGUGUUAGGUGUGGACUUUACACCCAAACUGAAGACAUAGCUAACACAGAGCUGGUGCAUCAGCCCUCUCAUGAUCUCCUUUCCAAUUGUUUGAUUUCUGGUUAAUUGAUAUAAAAUUUAUAUUUUUUCUGGACUAAUGGGACUAGCAUUAUGACACAAAGGGUUUUGUAUUGAAUAAUAACACAGCUGUGAUGCAACCAUUUAUUGUGAAAGAUCUCUCAAGCAGUGUUAUCCAGUACAACACUUUAACCUCUGGUGUGAUAACACUUCUAUACAACAGUUGCACAGCAAGGAUAGCAGAGUAGGGAGUUGUUAUUUGCAACACCAAGAUUAUUUUGUUAUUUUUCUUAUUUUUAAAUAUACAUUUGGCCCCAAUUACAAUGCUAAUUCUGCAGCUUGGCUGGAACUGAACUCAUGCGGAGCAGAAGUUAAACAUUUUGCUGCAUAUGUCUAUAGGUGACAAUAAACCAUCUUUUUUGAGCAAUGCAAUGUACAUAAAAAUGUGUAUCGCUAUUGAUAAUGCAGUGAGUGUGUUGCUUUGGAGGCAAGUGUGAUCCUGAGGUACCAGCUUGAUCCAUCCAGACGAAGACAGUCUGCUGUCAUGUUAGAUUGUGAUGUGGUACUAUAGAGCACUUACGCUCUACUGGACUCACUCUUUUCUUACCAGAUUACUGCGUCACCACUAACUGUUAUGACUAUUUUUACACCAUGCAGCACCAGCCCAGCCACCACUGAAUGUGGAGUGGACCUUGAUUGGCUCUCAGCUCUCUCUUUACUGGGAACCAGUCCUGGCAAUGGAAUCUGAGUCAGAAGUUACAGGCUACCAAGUGAGUUAUACAUCCUAGGAUGAUUCACUGUAGACUGUUUUUCCCUCUAAUGUAUCAGACUGAGUGAGAGCAAGGACUGUACCUGUUUGUUCUCCCACUGUAAGCUGUCAGAAUGUAAGAUUAUGUGUUUACAAUUUGUCACCCACCUUGUUUCUCUCCUCCAUUCAGCUGUCAUUCAGGAGACAGAGACACAAUGAGGUAAACACACUCACAACAGCCAACUCCACGGCAGAGCUGACCCUUCCUGAGGAAGAUGACGAGUACAUCAUCCACAUCCGGACGUUGAGCGAAGGAGGGCUGGGCCCUGCCUCGGAUCCCAUACGAAUCCACCAACUGAGUAAGCUUGCUGUUGUGGGUUUUACAAGAUCUAAAAAAAAGGAACAUUUUUAAGAAGAAACUGUCAAAGUUUUCAGUCUUGAGCGGCAUCACUGAAAUAUGCUUACGCCAGACUGUUGUAUAGAAUGCAACAGAACAGCAAGACACAAAUUCACUGACACCCCAGCCUCUCGGAACUUUUUAAUUAUUUACUGUCUCUUGUAAAUGAAGUCGCUUAGCACUUUUUAAACCUGACAGGGACAUUUUGUCCUCCGUUGACUCACCAUUACCCAUGUCCCCAGCCACCCCAGUUAUGCUCUUCCCAGACUUAGAUUUUGCUGAAAUGUAUGGUAUGAUCUAUCUCUCUCGCAGAGGAUGACUUCCUCUUUUACUAGAUGCACUUACUGUCCUGUGGGACACCAGUGGGGGGCUCCUCUGCUGCUCUAAAUGUUGAUUUGCAUUGUUGAUAUUCAAUGUUGAACCUGUGAAAACAGUACUUUAGAGAGAUAGAAUCCCACAUGAGCUCUUCUUUUAAGUUUUAUUUGAAAAAUACACAGCUGCCUUUCCUUCCCAGGUUUCUUUGGGCAUUAGUGAGAAAAAGAUUCAGGUAAAAGACAUUAGCGAUGAAACUGAGUGCUGUGGUUAUAGAAGCUAUGUAUCUGUAAAACAUCCAAAGUGGAGCAGCAGGGCUUUUUCCAUCAAUAAUAUAUAUUUAUUAUCCAGGAGAGGGUUUAUAAUUGGAUGUUAUGUCUUUACAGUAAAAUAUUCAGUGAUCCAUAAGAGCUAUUCUGUUCACUUAAAUCAUACAUGAGGAAGUCGUAAUGACAGCAAACUGUAUCCGGCUACUUGUUUCUUUCCGCUAAGCUCCCUAACUACCUCUUUUCACUGACAGUCACAUUCAUAAACCAGAAAAGGAAAGAGUUUUUUACCACAGUAGGAGGAGCCCUGUAUUUUGGGAAAUUUGAGUGUCAGAAUUAUCUCAGACAAAUCUGAAAUCUGAUAGAGAGCAAAAACAAAUUAACCUCCCAGGUGGAUGUCGUGACUGGAGCGUGUCCAGACUCUUUUUGACUUGGUUGACCCAACUUAGUCACUUACUUCUGCUGGGAUGGCAGGAAGUAUGUGUGCAUGCUUACAAAUGAUUAGUAUAGCAUUACCAUUAUAAGUUAGCCUGCAUCUUCCACCUACUUUGAAUACUCACAAAUCAACUAGGUUUUAUUUUCCUGUGUAUCAUUUUGUAUCAAACACAACAUAUUUUGUGAUUAUCAAAAACUUCUCAACUUUUAUGGAAAAAAAUCAAAAGAAGUCACUCUUUAGGAAGUCAAACAUCAGUUUUAAAUCUUCAUUUUACAUAUUGGGGAAACUAUCUGAUGAUACCAGUGACAAAAGUAUGGUCUCCCUGUUGAGAUUUUGGGUCUAUAAAAAUAUAUUAGAGCAUCCUGGCUGACAUAAACAAUAUCCUAAAUAAAGAUAUGUUUGAUUUGAUUGUGUAUUUAUGUAGUUCCCUGUAAUAUUUGUAUUUUCUUGUUUAUCUUAAACCACAAAAUUCACUGUUCACCCUUAAAUAUUAGCCAAUGUUAAUAUUGACCCCAUAAUAUCAUGGCAAUUAAAGGAUAAUAUAAGAGAUGUGAAAAUAUCUGGCAUAUGAUUAAAUGAACUUGUAAUAAGAUAAGGCUAAUUACUGUAAAUGGAAAACAUCGCCUACAUAUAAAAAUGAUUUUAAUGAGUUUAUUUUUAGAGUGCUUUCAGUCAUUAUUGUACAUGUAUGUUUUAUUGGUUUCUUACAUAAGCAAUAAGCUCAAAUCAAAGGGACUUUCUAGGGUCUUUCUAAGCUUAACUCUUUCAGUACCCAACAAGAUUAUUUAUAUUCAGAGUAACAUUUAGAAGGACAGUGUGCCACACUGAAACACAAAGAUAGCCACCAGCAGUCUGCCACAACACAGCUUGCAUAGUUGAUUUGAACAGAAAUUCUGCCUCUGCCACCAAAACUUAGGUUUAGGCCAUCUCUCCAGACAUCUGACUCGUGUCAGCACUGCUACCAAAAAGUCUGUGUCCUCUAUCUGACUUGUGAUUAUUAUUCUUUUUUACGUGUGUGUGUUUAAGGUAUGAGUGCCCGUGGCUCAAGAGCCUGGAGCGUGGACAUCUCCUCCUACUUCCUUCUCCUUGCCAUCGCAAUAUCAACAUUCAGGUCAACAUCGUGACACAAUGAGAAACUGUUUUUCAACCUUCUUAUCAGUAUUUUUUCUUGAAUUGGUGAAAGUUGCUGUUUUUUUCUUUUCUUUUCUCUCAUUUUUGGAGGUGAUCACGUGCUAUUUGACAGUGUGCGUUUGCGGGUAUGAGGCAGCACAAGAGUGGAGUGUGCUGUCAGAUGAUUAAAAAACAGUUAAUGCUUGAGCCUUUUUUAAAAUAGGUUUUGACAUGUCUGCCGGUUGGGAACAAUGCUCCAUUUCAACUCUUUUUUUUUCAAAUGAUACAGAUGCCUUACUUCCAUUCAUGUGCCAAAGUAGUUUCAGCCUUCUUGUUGUAAUCGCUAAUAGCUACAUGCUUUCUUCAACAUUUUAUUCCUCACAGUUUCUUAAUAUUGAAGGUCUCAGUGAACCUUGCAGAGGGUUGAGAUACAAAGAUGUAUUUGUGUUCUGAAAUAUUUCUGAUUUUGUCUCCACGUCUGAAUUGACAAGUCCAAACAUGCUCAUUCACCCGUGCCCGUGCCUUUGAAGAUGCUUUUAAUGCCAUCAUUUAUAGACACUAGUCCGUGAUACUUUGUGGUUCGGAAAAUACUGCAGCCAACCUCCAUCUUUACCUGCUCCAUUAAAGGUUGGUGGUGUCCCAGAUGAAACUCAUGAACAAGCUCACAGUGCCAGUGUUAGCCACUUAGCUUUUAUCUUUUGAUUAUGUAGAGCUGAAUGUACCAUGAGGGCUUGAACAGGUUUUAAGGCUUCAGACUGGUUGUUGUGAUAGCCCACUGAUUGAUGGAUCAGACUGUGUUUACAGAGCUUUUAUCUGCCUGUGCACAACUGUAGCCAGAGAGAAACACAACUGCAAGUGUAUUUCCUUCAACAGUUGUCCUAAAACAAUCGGGUAAUUGACAGAAAACAAUGAACAACAAUCCAUUUGGUCAUUAUUGUGGACAGGAAGGCAAAAAAAAAAAACACCCAACAAGGUGUAUGUCUUGCUCGUUGCUUUUCUAAUUCGCAUCCAAAGAAUCAAUUCAACAAGUGUUCUCAUACUUUAUACCAUGACCGACAACUAAAUGUCAUCAAAAUAAAGAUACUAAUUAUAACUGGUUUCAUAUAUAACUUUUUUAUCUAAUUGUUUUAGUUAAAACAUGUAAGGACUGUCUUAAUCCUAAGCAGGUUUUCUGAACUGAUCAGCUUGACCUAGCCCAAAGAGUGGAGGGAGGUGUUCAGUUAGCCUAACUCAGUCCAAACUCAGCUCACAAAUGCAUCAGUGAGCAUCAGUAGAUUCACUCAUCAUCACUAGUCCAGCAGAAGUGUGCAUUUGAUGGUUCAGUCGCUUUGGAAACUAUCUUUGCAACUUUCCUAAAAUGACAAUCAGACCAUCACACCCACUUUCAGCUUUGACUGACGGGUAGGUGUGCCGAUGUGAGAAAGCUAACAGGGUUUGAACUUCUCUUUCAUGCUGUAAUUUGAAACCACUGUCUAUAAAUACUCUACAUUAGCACAGGUACUUCAAGGAAUUUAAUUAUGGUAUUUUUCCUUUUUCUAGUACAGCUUGUUUUUCAUUCUCAUCCUCUGAUGCUGUCUUUCAGAUCAGCUAUCAAUUCUGUGUCCAUCAAACAUGCUCAAGUUUUUACAGUAACUACUUUUCAACAAUCAAUCUGAGUCUUGUUGUCCUUGGUUAAAUCAAAUCCUAAAGUUAACCAAGUAGAGGAAAGUAGUUAAAUCUUGAAUUUUGAUCUGUGUUUAUGUCUGGCAUGAUAAUGUCAUGAUACAGUCUGGGCUCAAGUUCUGACUACAAGCUUUGACUUGAGCUUUCAACCUUAUCUUCAAUCUCAAAUGAAGAUCAUAACUGAUCACCACGUGGAUUUCUUAAAUCAUCUGCAGACUUGAGUUAAAUCAGUUGAACCAAUACAAACUUAAUUCAGUGAACAGAUUUUUAAAAAUUUGAGCUGUGGUUGAAAGAUAAUAUUAGAUUUAUCAUGAGUCUAGAUGGUCUUGGCAAGAACAUACUAAUGGUGCAUAAGUUUUACUUAAGUCAGACGUAUCAUGUUAUUUCAACUGCUGACCAAAUUUGAAGGAACCAGUGCCCCCUGAACUCUGUGUGGUCAUGGUAUAAUGUCUGUGAGAUCAAGAUUGUUGACAGGACCAAAAAGUUGUUUUACCACAGAGCUUAAGGUUAUUAUGGUAAACAUUUCUCUGUGUUUGAAUUGAUUAAAUAAUUGGAAAUAUUCAUUAUUUGCAGUUUUAGUCAACAUCCAUCUGGGCAACACACAUAGUGGUCGUGCCAGUUAAUGUGCAUCAUCAGCCCUUGCAGUCAGGACGAGAGGCUUAAAGUGCUGCCAAUUGUGCCAGUCUGAUAAUUGAAAUCUAGCCACCAGCUUAGACAUUAUUUGGCAAAAUGUUUGGUCAGCUGUGUUUUAAUACUUUGUGAAUCUGUCCUUUCUUGUCAGUUGUAUUGGCUUUUUCUUCUGUGGUAUGUAUUGUCAUUGUUUAUUUAUGUAUUUCAGUGAUAGCCCACUGUUCAGGUACGUGCUUCACCCUACAAUUCAAUAACCCCACCGUGGCUGAAGCAGAUAGACCACAAAUCUGUCAGCACAUAACCUGAGGGUCUAUUUAACAGACUUGACGAAUGGAAAGCCUGAAAUGUGCCAUGAGUUAGCAGACAUUAAAAUAUCUUAGUAAAUUAGAGCAGGCCUGAGGGACUUCUAUGGGAAAAGGGCAUGGGAGUAAUGUUACUAAUGACGCCCACCCAAGAUGAAUACAACAGGAUUUAGGAAGGACUAAAUCCAGACAAUGCCAUAGGGAUGAAACCAGGAAAAUGUUAGGGUGUGCACACAUGUGAUGUUAGAGAAAACAGUUUUCAAAAGGAUCAUUUGACUAUUCAGAAAAGUGAGGUUAAAUGUGUGUCUUUUAAUUGAGAGCGGUUCAGGGCUUUAGGCCUCUGAAGCUGCAUAGAUACUGGAGAAGAGUUACACAAGGUCAAUAUGAGAGGUAGAUGAAACAAGUCUGAGUUGUAAAUGCCUUUUUUCUAUUAAAUUAUCAAAGAUUGCAAGUGCAAAGAAACCAGAAGAAAAAAGCUCCACGAUCCAAGGCCAGGUCAGGUGCACCUAGUGAGGUAUAGUUUGAAUCUGAUUAAAAAAAAAGGUUUUCCUUCCCUAUAAUGUUAAUAACUUUUUUUAAGCAGUCUUUGAAUCCUGUUUUUGUGGCUUUACUUGUUGUUAAUCUGUACACACUCUUUCAUUACAGAAUGUCAUUGUUAAGCUUACAAAUGUUUACACAGGAAAUGCAUCUUUCUGGCUGAUUUAUUGAUUACAUGAACGGAAAAAAGACAACAUUAUGACAGGCUUUAUGAACUUGUGUCCUUGGUACCUAGAAGCAUUGCCAACCUCUUUGUUUUGUAAUGUAUCAGUACUGUGGAGAAUUUGAAUUGAUUUAUUAUUUUCUUUUUUAAUGUUUGAUAUGGUUCCUGAUUGUUAAUUUGAUUUUAUUUUUCUCUGCUGCACAAAGGUCAAGUGUUGCUUUAGAAUAAUUUUCAGAAGCCAGUGUUGGCCAAUCAAAAAAGCCAGAACAGUGAGAUCUCUCAUGCCUUCAUACAGUAUUCUGUACAUGCUGUAUGUAUUUUGUUGUGAUAUGAAGCAACACCUGCAACUGGGAGACUGAACUGUGGUGUCCCCCUUCCCAAUUGUAAUUCUCAGACAAACCCAGAAUCUGAAAAAAAAAAAAAAAACAUGAGCAGAGAGAAACAUUUCUUAGCAGCUGCUAUCACACACAGCCUUUUGGUGCAGUGACACAAACACUACCUGUUACAAGGUAGUUGGCCAAUGCACAGUAGAUUAUACAAAGUGGUACUAUCGACUAGUACUUUUUGUCUUUUUAUACCAAUGCAACUUUACAGUUUUCUUGCUACUUUCAAGCUAAGAAAAAGUAGAAUUGAUCAAAAAUUUAACUCAAUAAUUUGAAAUCAUUUCACAAUUGAUUAAGAAAUAAGAACCAGUGUCUGGGUGACAACGCUUGGCCUUUUUGUUGUGACUCCUCAGUAUUUUGAUGUCCAGGUGAUCUCCGUGAGAUCGUGGCAGUAACGUUUUCACAUUGAAAAGUCAUCAGCUGAUCUUGAUACGCUGAAGCUGUGCAUGUAUGAUAUUGUUUGGUGCAUCUGUGUUUUCUAAAUGAGGGACUUAAUAAAAACAAUUCACUGAGGUUGUAAGAUCUGC